AUGUCGCAACAGCAUCCGUCCAGGCCACCCGGGGGAGGCUACGUGCCUCCGGGUGGUUGGUCCGGACGAUCUAGCGCGCCCAGCGCGCCGAGUCCCUUCAGGCCCGCCUCGCCGUAUACGCCUUCGUCAUCGCCGCAUCCGCAGGGACGGGUCUAUCGCGGACCGCCGACUCCGAUCCAUCCGAGUCGUCCUAUAUCGCCGCUCGCGUAUCCCGGAAUGAUGAUACAUCCGAUGAGCCCGGUGCCGAUCGGGAUGCCGAUCUCACCCGGGAUGUCGCCCGUCUUCGGCUGUCCGACUUCCGGUUACAUCCAGUGCCCGAGGCCACGAUGGCCCUCGCCGAUCCCUACGAGCAGUCAGGCGCCGAGGCCAUUCAUACCGACGCAGAGUUUUUUCAGAAGCGACUCGGCAUCGCCGGUACCAUGCGCACCACCGGAAUAUCUGAUAGCACCCUACAGACCCGGAGAUUACGAGUACAUUGGCGUGCCCUUAGAUCACACGCAGACGGACGAGGAAAGCAGCGGGCCCAGCACAGCCGAGAUCAUCGCCAGUCAGAGCCAGGAUUACGUGGACGAAAAGCUCGCCGAGUAUCAAGCUACCAUCCAACAACUACAGGAGAGUUCACGAUCAAGUCCGUCUUUGGUACCGGCAUUCCGCGUCAUUCCCGUGUCGCGCCGCGUCGCGUCAUCAUGGGCAAGUGGGAAUGGCGGCGGUACGUGGAGGUGGAGGAGGCCGAAGGAGGAGGUCUCGACAACAGGCCGCGACGUGCCGGUUGAUAAUCGUGACGAGAACGAUGAAAUAAAGGGACUCACAGCCCCUGGAAUAUUGUCGCGAUCGACACCACCCAAAGGCAGUCCGACCCCGCCGAGGGUGGACAGCCCCGGCGCUGGCGGCGCCGGUGAUAGCGGUGGUGGUGGUAGCCCGAGAACGCCACGUGGUAACCGGCUGCGGGACCGGGUGAGCUUUUUCGAACAGGUUUGGUCGGCCGGGCGUAGCCCUAGCGCUGAGGAUCUCCUGGAGAACCCGGACGCGCGCGUGUCAUCCUUUCGAUCGCCAACGCACCAGCGACCGUCUUCCAGGGCGAGCGACUCCUCGUUCGAGGAGAGCUUCGAGCGACUCGUGGAGGAAGGCGAGUUGAACGGCGCCAAGGUUGUAAAAUUCGAGAAGAUCACCGUGAGGAAGAGCGUGCGGGCGAUCAGCUCGGCCAGCACGAGCAACGGCGACACCGGGGGGGUCGUUCAGCAGCGCUUGACGGAAUCCAGCAGGACUCCCAGCGAGGAGCACGUCCUCGAGGAUUCGGCUUAUCAGAGUCACAGUCACGGCGUGCAGAGUCACGGCAGCAAGUCCAGCUCGGUCACCUCCUUCACGAGAUUUCCCUCGGAGGAGAGCCUGUCGCAGAGGAGAUGCAGCAGUCCGCGGGUCCAGCGAUCGGAGUCGGAUGAACGGCCACCGUCGGAGUGGUAUGCCGAAUAUCGCAGCCAGAGCUUCCAGAAUGUCGGCGCGAGAAUCGAGUAUGUGCGUAGCAGAAGCGAGUACGACGCGCACAUCGCCGAGAUCAAAGACGAACAAGAACGCGUACAAAAGAAAACCUUCAUAAAUUGGAUCAAUUCUCAUCUGUCAAAGAGAGUUCCACCGCUUCGAAUCGAAGACUUAAUUGAGGAUCUGAAAGACGGCACACGUCUUCUUGCAUUACUCGAAGUUCUUUCGGGAGAGAAACUGCCCGUGGAGAGAGGCCGUAAUCUAAAGAGACCGCAUUUCCUGAGUAAUGCUAAUACCGCAUUACAAUUUUUACAGAGCAAGAAAAUCAAAUUAGUGAAUAUAAAUUCAUCUGAUUUGGUCGACGGAAGACCGCCGGUAGUACUGGGCCUAAUAUGGACCAUCAUCUUAUAUUUCCAGCUACGAUCAAAGGAUCGCAAGCGGAUCGAAGAGAACACGAGAGCCCUCGAAUAUCUUGAACAAACUUGGGGCAGUCAGAGCAGCCUCGAAAGUCUCGGCACUCAAGGCUCGGCGGCGAGCGAAAGGAAACGCAUCAGUAGUGAAAAAUGGAAACAAAGUGCACGGAAAACCUUGCUUCAAUGGGUCACCAAUGCCUUGCCCAAGGAUGUUGGUAUUCAAGUUCGAGAUUUUGGUGAGAGUUGGAGAGAUGGAAAUGCCUUCUUAGCUAUCAUCGAUGCCAUAAAGGCCAACUUGGUAAAUAUAGCAGCUAUGAGAGAAGCGUCGAACAGAGCUCGGCUGGAAACAGCCUUCCAGGUUGCCGAAAUUGAAUUAGGAAUUGCCCGAUUGUUGGAUCCAGAGGACGUGGAUGUGCCACAGCCUGAUGAAAAAUCAAUCAUGACAUAUGUUGCCCAAUUUUUGCAUAAAUAUCCGGAACCGGGAAACACAGCCCCUGAUUCCUUUGCGGCUGUACAAGAAGAAUACGAUGGUCUUCUCAAUUGGUUAAAUGAAAGAGUCAGGCAUCUCGAACAACUUGACAGAACCAACGCCUAUCCACAAAGUUAUCCGGAAUAUAUGCUAUUUAGAGCAGAGACUGAUGAGAAAUCAAUUAUAUAUAAAAAAAUGCAAAGUUUGGUCGAUACACCUAGUAUGAUAAGUAUCACACGAGAUUCUUGGAGACACAUACAGAUGUUGUGGCAGCAAAUGGAACUCUUUAUGCUGCAUUGGCUUUGGUUGUUGGAUUCGGCGUUACCGGGAGAAUUAGGAGAAGUUGGUAAAUGGUUGGCAAAAGCCGAAGCUCUUUUACAUUCAGAUAAUAAUAUACCGCAGGAGAUGACAGAGAGUACAGCAAAUAUAAUUUCGAGCAAGUUGGAGGACCAUAAGAAAUUCUUUCUCGAUUUACCAGCGAUGACGGAAAAAUUCCAACGUGUCAAGAACUCGCCGUUGGCCAAACAAGUCCGGCCUGAACAAUUACAGAAUAUGUCGAUGCGCUUCGAUAGUUUGCCCAGUCGUGCUGCUAAGAGAAGAGUGAAAUUAAAGUUCCUAGAGCACAAAUGCUGCCUUAUAGCUUUCCUGUAUCUCGUCGAGACCAAACUAAAAGGCUGGAACGUUAAAUAUGGCACGGAAGAGAAAGUGCAUCAGAUGUUGGAGCAGUAUCGCAAUUUUGUCUCCAGAAAUAGGAUAUUCCAGGAAUUUCAAAAGGCAUACUUGGACAUGCAGCAAGUUGCGGAGGAGUACAAAUGUGACGGUGACAUUGAUCGAGAAGAGAGUCUUAACAUUGAUCGUUUUAUGCGUGACACUGCCGAAAAAUGGAAAAAUGUAUCGAUGGAUCUACGCUGUGUCCAGAGUAUGCUUGAGGAAGUUGUGGCAUAUUGGCGUCGCUGGACCAUCGUCUCGGAUGAAUUCGAAGCAUGGUUACUUCGCGCUGAACCCGCUCUGAAACUCCCAGAGGAAGAGAAAAUGGAAUUCUUUCAAGAUAUUAGCGUAUGGAAGGAUAAGCAUCAGCAAUUGUCGGACACCGUAAGCUUCCUGAUCGCCACGUCUGACGAAUCGGUUGCAUUUCGCCUGAAGGAGCGUUACGCAAAUCUAACAGCGAGAUGGGAACAGCUCUUCCAAGAGGCGAAACAGUACAUGCACGCGGGCGAUCUCAUUCGAACGAGAAAGGACUAUAAAGCGGGAGUAGAGACUCUGCAGAAUUGGUUAAGAAACGCCGAGAUUGCCUUAUCGACCACCGGACUGACCUCCACGGAACGGAUCAAAGCUUACGGAGAGAAAUUGCAAACUCUUCACAACGAAGUAGAAGGCAUUGAAGAUCUCUUCAAAAAUAUCAGUAAAAAGUUCCAAACUCUUAUUCAGGAUCUGUCCCGCGACGAAGUCGACAAGAUGAUGAACACUUUGAAGAAGGAGAAAGAAGCGCUUGUUAAAGUGCGUGCCUUGAUACCUAUGCAACUCCAUUUGUAUCAUCAAUUAUUGGUACAGCAAGAAUCCCUAGAAGCAGGACAGAAGGAGAUCUCCGCGUGGCUGGACGAAGCCGAGAGCUUUUUAGCCAAUAUUAAUCUUGCGGGUGGUAGGGACGCUGCUCUGGCUCAAUUAGAUCGCCACAAAGCCUUCUUCUCGAGGACUCUCUAUUACAAAUCUAUGUUGGAAUCUAAGAACAAAGUGUUCGCUAGUAUCGUCAAGGCCGUGGAUAGCCACGCCAAUGUAGAGACGGCCGAAGGUGGGGCAACGCUAAGAAGCCUCAAUGAUCGAUUUGUCAAGGUCUCUCAAGCGGCGCAGAUGUGGGAACAACGUUUGCAAGAAUCCGUGCGACGCUGGACUAAAUUUAAAGAAUGCGAGCGACAGAUCUCGGAAUGGCUCUCAGUCGCGGAGACAAUGAUCAAUGAAAAGCACAUCGACAAUCGACAGUCUGUCGAGUAUCACAAAAACUUCUUCGGCAAAGUCAACGAAAAAUGGAUACAAGAUCUCGUGAAGGCCGGCCAAGAUCUACGGAACGUUUUACCGGUGGAUCAGCAACUUCCCAUCGCAAACACAGUGGAAGCUCUUCAGAAACGCUGGAGGGAAGUUCUCACCUUCGCUCCGCUUCACCUAAUGAGGCUCGAGUUUCGUCUGGACGAGGCCAGCUUUCUUCAAUACCUCAAAGAAAUCGAAAUGGAGAUUAAUUCCGAACAGCAAGCGCUCAUCAACAACGACGAUGUCGACGGCAUCCAGCAGCGCAACAGGGAAUUCUUCGUGAAUCGCGGCACCGUCCUCGAGGUCGAGCGUUGUCUACAGACUCUGAAGAAGAUCAGUGACGCUUACAAUAAGCUCAAGCCGAAGGACACCAGUCUGACCGAUGCUGUACAAAACGCUGAACGAUUGUGGGAAGAAACCGCGCAAAAAGUGGAGAAUUUGAGAGAACAGUUGCGCGAAGUUCCACAACAAUGGGCAGCUUAUAGACAAAAAUUCGAUGAGAUGGUAUACUGGAUGGAUCACGUUGACGGUACUCUGAGAACCAUUUUACAUGAGGUCAACACUCUAGAAGAGUUUGAGAAGGAAAAGACUAUAUUCCAACUCCAGACUUUGACGAAAAUUUGCCACGAAGCUGACAGCAAGCGUGAAGAAAUGAAGUGGCUGGUACAAACUCUCGACAAUCUCACAUUGAAUCGUUCGGAUCGCGAAGCACUCACAGCGCAGCAGAAUUUGGAGCAAUUGAUAACUCGAUACAAGAAUCUAAUACCAACGAUCGAGAUUACAAUGACAAAGACGGACAUCUACUCGAAGAGUUACACCUAUCGCAAAGAAGUACGCGAAGUGUGCACCUUGUUGCGCAAGGUUCGUGAACAAUCAAAAGUUGAGGUCGCUCCUGAAGUUCCUGAAAAAUUACAAAGUGCAGUGGCUCAUCAAGAAUCCCGUCUUAAUCAACUAGAGCAACAACGAGCAACUAUUGUCAGCAUGUUGCAACGCGGCAAAGACCUCUUGAAAGAUCAACACGCUCCAUCCUUCGUUUCUUCCGAAGUUCAGCAAUUGGAAGCCAACUGGAACGAUACGUACGGUCAAAGUAUGGAGACGCUAAAAUCUCUGAAGGAUUCACAGAAACUCUGGAGUACUUAUCAAGAACAAAAGGAAGAGAUUUCUAGAUUGAUCAAGCAAGCUGAACAAGAGUUGCGUCAAAUUGAAUUGGCAUCUUAUUACGAUGCCGCUCAAGUGAAUUCCGAUCUACAAAAGAAACAAGAAUUCAACGCGAAUCUAAGAAAAUCAGCCGAGGAAAUGAUGAGAAAAUUACGCGAAACGUAUGCUAAUCUUUCCGAAACGAUUACACCGCUGAGUAAAAGAGAAGUCCUGAAAAUGGAAGUGACGGAAACCGAACAAAAAGUAGAACACACGUUGAAGAUCGUGCGUGAGAAAGUUGUUUAUCUUCAGGAACAUAGUACUCGAUGGAAUAAAUUUCAAUCAAAACUCGGUGAACUUCGAUCUUGGAUUCAACAAGCAGCGCCUCAAUCAAUCACGGAUAUCGAAGAUUCCGCAGCCUCGCCUGAGGAAAAAGUUCGUAAAACGGAAAAUCUGCAGAAAGAAGUAAAAGAAAAAGUAUUAAUUCUAAAUGCACUGGAAAACGAAUCCCGGAAACUCGUGAAAGAAGACAGUGAUGACACACCGGCGAAACAACUCCGCAGCGAUAUUGAAAAUCUUCAUAAUGCGGUCGAAAGGUUGAACAAAAGCAUAGUAACGCAACGUGAAUUAGCUACGCAAAAUCUUGCCACAUGGAAAAUGUACGAGGAAGGCAUUCAAAAGGUAAAACCUUGGAUCGAGCAAGCGGAAUCUAAGGCAGCUACAAUGGGCAGCAAGCCCAGCACUUUGAGCCAAGCCAAGCAGAUGUUAGAAUCGGCCAAAGCCUUUGAAGUUCAAUGUCAGCAGCAUCUUCCGAAAGUUCAGAAUUUGACAACAAUUAGUCAACAGAUAACUGGAAGGACAGUGGCACCUGACGAAGUCGAUGCUGUAUAUACGCGAUGGAACGCAGUUCAUGACGUGGCGGUUCAAACAACGACCAAGCUGGAUAAAUUAGUCUUAUCAUGGAAUACCUUUGAAUCGGAAGCGAAGGAAUUCAAUGAGUGGUUGCAGAAUAGUGAAAGGGAAGCUCUCAAAGAACCCAACGUUCAAACACCCGAGGCGGCCAAAUUGGAAAAGGAAUUGGCACAAUUGAAGGAAUUCAACAAGAGCAUAUCCGAUCAUCAGGCCCAAUUGAUAUCGCUGACUCAAAUUUCCGAUCAUAUCAGCCAUGGUUUGUCAUUGGAUGGCGCCUCCGCGUUAAAGGGCCGUGUUGCCGAAAUGAAAACCAGAGUGAGCAAACUUGCGGACACCGUUCGCCAUUAUAUUAAUCGUGUUUCUGAUUCGUUGUUAGCGCGACAGGAAUUCCAAAUAAAGAUUACCGACUUUGAGAAUUGGAUGAUGAGACUGAGGUCUAAUAUCAACGAGAUAGGAGACGUAAACGUGGAUAAUGUCGACACCAAUUUGCAAACAAUGCACGCUUAUCUUCAGGAACAUUCGGAGAAACAACCGGCGUUCGCGGCUAUCUAUGACGAAGUAAAACAAUUAUCAUCGCGAGGUUCGAUGUUAGAAGCUGCCGCAUUGGACGAGACGUACACGUCUUUGGCGAAGAAAUACAAGACACUUGAGGAUGAUUUAAGAGAGAAGAAGAAAGGCUUGGAGAAGUGGAUCGAACUUUUAAGCUGGCACAACGAUGCCAAUGCGCAAUUGAAUCAUUGCAAGUACGAAUCUGAAGCCAGAAAACCAACUAUCGCUGAUCUCGAUAGACUUUCUUCGGAACUUCAAACAAUAUAUACAAAAAUCAACACUUGGAAGGAAUAUGUUCCACUAAUGGAUAGUACUCUGGGAAUACAUGUUCGCGACAAACAAGAAAAACCAGUUACCGCGACUUCCUUGCUAAACGAUCUUGAAUCCAAAGCCGCAGUGUUGAAGACGGAAUUAUCUGCCAAGCGAGACAAGUUGGAGAAUCUCGGUGCUAAAUGGGACAACUUUAGAAAAUUGCAGCAAAAGAUCACGGAGGAAAUCGUCAACACUCAAACGAGCUUGCAAAACAUCACGUACACUGUUGACACUUGCGAAAAACUUGCUCCAGCAAUCGAAAAGAUUGAUGACCUUAUCGAGGAUCAUCAGAGACGAGAACCGGAAAAGGAAAUCCUUCAUCAAGAAGGUGACAACUUGAUGAAGGAAGACCAACGGGCUAUAACUAAUAUUCAGGUAGUGAUUUCUUCGGUGGAUGGAAACUGGGAAAAGGUGAAUGAACUCUUAUAUGAGCAAAGAAAGAAGUACGCUGAAAUGAGCGCCGACUGGAAACAAUAUCAGGAAGCCAAGGAAAAAUUAAAUAAAUUCAUCGAUGAAGCAAAAAAUCUUUGUCAGUCGGUCAAAGACGUAUCGGCCGACGUAACUCAAGCGAAUAUGGCUCUGGAAAAACACAAAAGAGCUUCGGAGAUUUUGAAGAAGGGUAAACAAUUUCUGGAGAAAAUGGAUGUCAAGAUGCAACAACUGGCAAAAGAGACAUCAUUAAUGCCAAACUUUAAGACCAAUCUGAUCGAAACGGAUCUGUCUAAUAUGCGAAAGAAAUAUUACGAGAUUAACGGCAAGGUGAUCGAUCGAACUCAGGCGUACGAAACGCAAGUCAUUAUUUGGAAGCAGAUCGAAGAGGCAAAACACGAACUUAUAAGAUGGCUCGGUGACACAAACGAGGCGCUUACUACAGCUUGCGAAUGUUUACUCGAUGCUGAGAACGGACAGGCGCGAUUAGCCAGAUAUCGCGAGGAAUUACCAGCGUAUCAACAACUUCGUCAGAGUAUCGCCACAAAAACCGAACAACUUAUCAAGUUAAACGACGACAUGGAUAUUUCGACUUUGAAAUCCCUCAACGAUUUAUUGGACGAUCAGUUUAAACUCGUUAAAGAGGCUGCGGAUAAACUCGCGUCGCUCACGUCAACUUUCAAUGAGAAGGAGAAAGAAAUCAAGCUGGACCUGAAAAAAUGCAGUGACGCGAUAUCAAAGAUUCGUGAGGAGAUAAUAAAAUGCGACGAUCUAACCGGCGAGAAUACAAAAAUUCUGCAUAGAAUUAAUAAAUGUCAGGAAUUGAAGGCUGAGCUGGAAAAGUGCGAUUAUGAGCUUUCAAAGAUUGAUGAAAAAUUGACAGAUAUGACAUCAGAGUAUCCAACUAUAUCGAAGUCCAGUUUACCGAAGGAGUUACAGGCGUUACAACUCCGCAGAGACGGCGUGGCUAGUCACGCCGAUAAAGUCAACGCUACGUUGGUGGCCUUUCUGACAAAGCUCUAUCACGAAAAGUUUGGUGCAUUGCAACGCAUGGUCGCAACUCACAAAGAAAAAGUAGCUUGGUGCGAACCCGAACAGAGCAGCGAUCGUUAUAAUCUCGAAGUGAAGAUGGCCUCGUUGGUUGACGUAGAGGACGGUAUCGCCGAUUGCGAAAUGCGAAAAACUGACACGGACAAUUCGUUAAAACUUCUAAGCACUGUCGAAAGUAGCGAGACCAUCUCCGCUCUCAAAAGCGAACGCGACAAAGUCGCCGCCGAUUUGGAAAUCCUGAAGGUCAAUUAUCGAAAGAUCAAAUCCGUACUAGAACAAAAUAUCGCUUUGUGGCAACGAUACGAGCUCACAUCGGAAAACGUUAUCUUUUGGCUUAAGGAGAACGAAAAUAAAAUCAGAAUAGAGGCCACGAUGCUUCAAAAUCCGGACGAAAUCGACGCGAAAAUUGCUGAGAUAAUUCAGUUCGAGGAAAAAGUCAAGAAUUACGAAAGCGAGAUGAAAGAUCUAAUUACGCUCGGAGAGGAAAUUACCAAAGUUAGCCCAGAGUCCCGCGUGGCUCAAUAUGUAGGACAUUUAAAUACACGUUAUCACUCGGUACACAAGUUUUUGGUUCAACAUCUAGACAGGCUCAGAGAACUGAAACAAAUCAAGAACCAAUACGCCGCCAAUGUGAAGGAGCUAGAAUCAUGGCUGCAAAACGCGGAGCAGAAAUUAAAAGCUUUCGAUGAAAUUAGUGGCCCGAAACCGAUGACCUUCUAUCAGUCUCGACUGAAAGAAUUGAAAGCGUUUGGCGAGGAACGUGAGACUGGACAAGCGAUCUUGAAUCGAACAGCGGAAGCGGGUGAAACGCUUUUCGCAAAGAUAACACCAGAUCAUAGAGAACUUAUCAGAGGAGAGUUAAGAAAUUUGCGCAAUCGCGUAGAAGCCUUGGCCGAUCGCGCAAACGUGAUCUACAAGAAGAUCGAGAGCGACAUGAUGCAUCGAUCUUCAUUCGAAGAUAAAUAUUCCCAGGUAAAGCAAUGGUUAAUUGAGGCACGGAAGAAAUUAGGCGAUAAGCAGGAUCUAUUACCGUCGCUUCAGGAGAAGAAACUCGCUUUGCACUUGUAUAAAGCCAUCGCGCAAGAUGUUGCAGUUCACCGAAACAUUCUGCAGCAACUUCAAGACAGGCUUGGAUCGGCACCGGACGACGAGGCCAGCGAAAUGCUCAACAGUGUGAUUGAAGCGCACGAAAAACUGUCGGAAGACGUGGAGGAUAGAAUCGGUGUAGCAGAAAAGCAUGUUGCUAAUCACGAGGCUUAUCUUCAGACAUUUGAAAAGAUGCGAGAUUGGAUUAAUACGGUGGUAAAUGAGGCGGCGUCUAUCAGUGAGGAUCUCUCGAUAGAUCGAGACACGGCCAAGUCUAAAAUUGUCCUAAUCGAGAACGUGUUGCAACAGAAAUCCGAAGGCGAUAGGAUCAUCACUGAUUGCAACCAGCAAUUGAACAUCAUUUUGGAGCAAACCUCGAUAGCCGGUCACCCGGCGUUGCUAAGGGGCUUCGAGCAGCAGAAGAAAAUUUGGGAAGACUUCCUCCAGCGAUGCGUCGCAAACAGAGACAAGUUGAAUCACUUGUUUGACCAGUGGUCCGAAUUCGAGAAAGUGGUCGAGCGUCUAGAAUCUUGGCUCAAACAGAUCGAGACGCAGGUGAAAGAUCAAAGCCUGAAGAGUACCGAGGAAACGAAACGUGCGCACUUGCAGAAACUGAAGUCCCUGGAAGAGACUAUCGUGGCGAAGGGCGCGGAAUUCAAUGCCGCGGUCGAGAAAAGUCAAGGCGUAGAAGCGGAAUCCGAUUUGGCCAGCAAAGUGUCCCGUCAAGCUACGAGAUAUCAAACAAUUAGGAAUCAAGCGAAGGAGGCUGUAACGAGAUACGAGCAAUACGUAAAGGAGCAUAGUUUGUUCAAUGAAAAAUACAAUCAAUUCCUCAAUUGGAUUAACGAGAUUCAAGACGAAUUAAAAAAGUACAGCGAGAUUGUUGGCGAUCUGGCUGUGCUACAAAGCAGACAGAAACACAUCAGGGAUCUCGGCGAUGUCCGGACUCGCGAGAACGCACGUUUCGAGUCCGUCAUCGAUCUCGGCGAGAAGCUUUACGUGCACACCUCGCCGGAAGGUAGAGAAAUAAUCAGGCAACAGCUGAGAAACUUGCGCAGUCUGUGGGAUGGAUUUUCUGAGGAUUUGCAGAGUUCAACGCAGAAAUUGGAUCAAUGUUUGAUGCAGUUUGCCGAAUUCUCGUUGUCCCAAGAGCAAUUAACGGCUUGGCUGCGAGAUGUCGAGCGGGCGAUGCAUCAACACACAGAACUGAAAUCUACGCUGGAGGAGAAACGCGCGCAAUUGCAGAAUCACAAGAUCAUGCACCAAGAGAUUAUGUCGCAUCAGACAUUGGUCGAGUCGGUUUGCGACAAAGCGCAACAAUUGGUCGAUCAAACCAAGGAUACCUCCCUAAAUGUCUAUUUACAAUCCAUCAAACAGCUAUUCCAGAAUAUUGUCGUUAAGUCACGAGAUUUGCUAGAGAAUCUGGAAGAUUGUUGCGAGAAACACCAUCGUUUUAAUCUUCAGUGCAAAUGCUUCUCAGACUGGCUGAAUGGAGAGCGCGAGAAGCUGGCGGAAUGCAACGACAUAACGGGCGAGCGAUCUGAAAUAUCUCGCAGAUUAACAAGCUUGGCGGUAUUAAAAGAAAGUCAAGCACAGGGAGUGGAACAUUUGACAAGAUUAAAGGAAUUUAGAGAAGCUGUAGCUAAUAGCACCGCGCCGAAAGGUCGGGAAGUUAUCAACAAGGAAGUGGUCACUUUAGAAAAUAAUCUGCAUCAAUUCCUAAACGAUAUUGAGUCCGUGGAGGAAAGACAAAAAACAGCUUUGGAGAGAUGGCAGAAUUUCGAAGAUCAAUUGGAAGCCCAUACAAAAUGGUUUCGUUCAAUGGAAGCGGCAUUCCGAGAUCAACAGCUUCAGCCUACGUUAAAAGAUAAGGAAGAACAACUUCGCGCAUUUAAAGAUAAACGCGAAGUUAUCGCGCGACAAGAACGGGAAAUAGACGAAUUCGUGGACAAAUCUCAUAGUUUAUUGCACGCAAGUGGUAUCGAACGCAUCAAGCCACUGAUUUCCCAAGUCAGCAACAGGUAUCAAUUGCUGCAUGUGCUCAGUAAAGAAGUGAUAAAUCGUUGCCAAAGCAUCGUAGAUGAUCAUCGAGCUUACGAAGAAAAAUUGAAAGCUAUCGAUAUUUGGCUUACGCCUCUCGAAAAAAAUUUGGCUCUCUUGAAAAAAGAUGAGAUCGGCGGAGAUCUCGAAGCGAGGAAUUCGCGUUUGCAAGUCUUGCUAGCCGAAAAGGAGCAAGCUGAACAUCGCUUAGCCAGUCUAACAUCUCUCGGAGAGAAAAUUCUUCCGGACACUUCCGCUCAAGGACGUGAAGUAAUUAGGCACGAAUUGCGACAUGCUCGCGAAAGGUGGGAUCGCUUAGCUGAAGGCAUCGCCGAGCAACAGAAGAAGCAAGAUGCUCAAUCUUUGCAAUGGUCCAGUUAUCAAGAGACUCUACAACAAAUUUUGACUUGGUUGGACACGAUGGAACGUGCGGUUAAGCAAGAUUCCUCGAUCACGUGGUCUUCCUUACAAGAAAUAAAAUCAAAACUACUCAAAUUGAAGACAUUGCAUCAAGAGAUCUUGGCUCACAAACGUAUCAUUGAAGGCAUCUCCGAGAAAGCCAACGCUCUGGUUCAAGUCACCCAAGUCCCAUUGGACGUUCAUGAAAAAGUCGUUUCGGUUUCGAAAAGAUACGAAAAACUAGUGGAUACAUCACAGAAAGGAAUAUCCAACUUGGAAACGUUGCUCGAUAUCUUCCAGCAAUUCCACGAUCUUCAGAAAGCCUAUCAAGAUUACCAGAAACGCCAAUGGGAACGCUUAGCAAAUUACAGUGACUACACAGGAAACAAAGCUGCUCUUCAGGCCAGAUUAGCUAAAGUUAUAGAGAUACAAGAUAGUCAAAGCGAAGGUGAGAUAAAAUUAAAUGUUCUUGGAGAACACGUGGCGCAAAGCGCGCAUACCUUACCACCUCGCUCGCAAGAAUCUAUGGAAAGAGAUCUAGCCAAUCUCAGAUUUGAAAAUAAAAAAUUCGCUACGGCUGUAAAUGAUGUGGUACGUUGCAUCGAGGAAAGAAUACAACAAUGGAGUGAAUAUGAAAAUUCGUUGGAACGUUUACUCGCCUGGCUUACUGACGCCGAAACGUCACUGAAAAAUUACUGCCUGAAGAACACACUCGAGGAGAAACAGGAGCAACUUGAAAAAUAUCAAGAACUACAGAAGGUUGCUGAUUUACGGAACACGGAUGUGACAGAACUGGUUGCACUUGGUGACCAUCUCGAACAAUCACUGAUUGUAAACCUCCGACAAAACGAGGCCGAAUUCGAUAAAAUGAGUGAUGAUUCAUCGGAGUUGAUGCAGAUCAGUGGCGAGACUAGAUUUUCUGUCAGCGUUCAACAAGUCACUUCACGUUUCCAAUCGAUUCAAGCGACGGCCAAGGAAUUAGUAAAGAAAUGCGAACAAGCAGUUGUGGACCACGCUAGUUAUUUAGAUCGUUAUAAGCAAUGCUCCGAAUGGCUAGCAAGUGCAAGAGCGCGUUAUCAAGCUACUAAAGAGAACGCUAGUGGUACUCGUCAGGAGCUGAUCUUGAAUGUAGAAACCUUAAAGGAACUCUUGGCUCGUCAGUCCUCGUCCACUCUCUUGAUAAACAGCACUGUCGAGGCUGGGGAACGAUUAUAUCCGACAACUGGCACGGAGGGUCGAGAGAUCAUUCAUCAGCAAUUGCUAGAUCUUCAGCAAGCCUUUGAGGAACUCUUUGACUGUGUCGCUUUGACCGAACGUGAGUUGCAAGCGAAGAUUUCGCGAUGGUCCGGUUUCGACGAGUGCAGCGAAGCUUUCGAGAGCUGGCUGAAGAAUACCGAGACUCAACUCAAACCGGAGAUCGAACUGAAAACUACUUUGGACGAGAAACGCGCCCAGUUACAAAUCUACCGUACUAUUCUACACGAUGCUCAAACGCAUCAGCAAGAUCUGCUGGAUCUUCGGGAUAAAGCGGAUAAUCUGCCUGAUCGCACCGAGAAGAUCGAUCAAACGCUAAACAAUUUGACGAACAGAUACAAUAUCUUGCUGAAACGCGCGACGAAGUUCGUCGAAAGAUACGAAGGUAUAGUGAGCGAUCAUCAGCAGUAUAGCAAAGCUGUUUUAGACACGCAUGAGUGGUUAGAUGCCACGCACAAUGCUGUGAGUCUGUGGGGCGAUGUAGAAUUGGAAAGAGUGUCCCUGCACACGAAUCUGGAUCGCCUGAAGAAUCUGUUGCACUCUCUGCCGGAAGACGAAGCGCGCGUACAACAAAUUCGGCUUUUGGGUGAGAAAGUGAUACCCGGCACUCUGGAAUCAGGGCAGGUGAACAUCCGCUCGCAAAUUGAUUCCUCGCAGCAGGAAUGGGAAGGCCUAAUAUCAGCCGUUAAAUCUACCGUUGAAGCGCUGGAGAACAAGCUUCAGCAAUGGAGCGAAUUCGAAACGUUGAAAGAACGAUGCCUGACGUGGAUGAGAGACACCGAUACAAAGUUACACGCCGUUGAUCUCAAAUCCACUUUGUCAGAAAAGAAGACUCAACUCGAGAAAUUACGCGCCCUUCAAGGCGAGGUUCGUGCCAAGGAGUUGGAAAUCGACGCUGUCGUCGAGCGUGCUCAACAAUUACAUAAGAACAUUACAUCUCGUACUUCCUAUAUGUCCGAGUUGAGUAUCAAAUAUCAACAGAUUUCCAGCAAAGUUAAAGAUCUCAAUAACCGUUGGCACCAGUACGUUGCCACGCAUCAAGACUUCGACAAUCAAUUGGCAGAAUGCACCACGUGGUUAGAAGAUAUAAAAAAUAAAUUGGCGUAUUGCUCCGAUUUAAGUGCAUCCUCGCAAAAAGAUCUAGAGCAGAAGAUGGACAUUGUGCAAGAUUUACUAUUAUAUAAAGAAGAUGGUUUUGCGAAAGUUCAAAGUAUCGUUGAAUUAGCCCAGGCUGUUCUAGCAAAUACAGCUCCGGCUGGCCAUCAAACGAUUAACGACGCUUUAGCGAAACUUCAGGAACAGUGGAGUGCCUUGGCAUCAAAGAUGCUAGAGACUAAAACAAACUUGGACGAUUCGAUAAACAAGUGGGCCGGUUUGCUGGAGCAAAUACAAUCUGUUAAUAAAACAGUGGAGUACAUGCAGACGUCGCUCGAUGAGAUUUCACAAUUUCAAACAACGAUGUCGGAGAAGAGGAACCAACUGGAGCGAAUUAAGACGCUCGAAGAGAAGGUUCGUUGCGAAAAUAUCGAGGUCGAUAGUCUGAAAUGCAAAGUCGCUGAGAUGAUCGCGAGCGGUCAACAAGGAUUAGCUGCCUCGCAAGCGCAAGAUAUAUUGAACAAGUUCGACGAACUUUUCGAAAAGAUCAAAUCUUUGUUGGCCGAACGAGAGGAACAAUAUAAAGAUCAUCGCCUUUACAAGGAAGCUCACGACGAUCUCAUUGGCUGGCUCAGCCGAGCUCGCGAGAAGAUACCAUCUAUGAAGCAGAGAUCGCUCAGUGAUAAGUUAGCGAUCGAGAGUGCAGUAGUGCCGCUCGAGAGUUUAUUAAACAAGAAGGCUCAAGGUGAACUGUUGGUGGAACAUUUGCAACAUACUGGAAAGGUUGUUUGCGCCAGUACCAGUUCCAUCGGACAAGAAGUUAUCAGAAACGAAAUACGUGCGCUUACAGAAAGUUUUGAAGGAUUGUUCAAAGAAAUCCAGCAGCAAAAGGAUCAAUUGGAGGCUACUGUAAGUCAAUGGCGCGAUUAUAAAGACGAAUAUGAGAGACUCAGCGAUUGGUUGCAACAAUUUGACAUUCUCAUCAAAGCUCAAAAAACUGCUCUUUUGCCGAAUCUGAAAGAAAAGGAAAAACAGGUGCAGGAGGUGAAAGAUUUACUCGAUAACUUGAUAAAAGGCCGAGAACAAAUUGAUAAAUUUAACAAAACAGCCGCCGGUCUGCUUUCAUCUCACCUGGAUACUUAUGUCAACAACCAGCUGCGACAUUUGAAUUCACGUUAUCAAGUACAAGUGAACCUCGCAAAAGAUGUAUUAAACAAAGUCGAGACUAAUUUAGCUCAACAUCAGGAAUAUGAGAGCAAUCUUGAAAAAGCUCGCGAUUGGAUCAAGAAUGCCAAACAAAUUAUCCGUCAGGGGACUGAGGCUGCCUCGAGCAGCAGUCGUGAAGAAUUGCAGAGUAGACUUGAUAAGAUUCAGGAAUUAUUGAGGAAACGCGAGGAAGGCCAAAACCUAGUACAUCUGACCGUGAAUUGCGGCGAGAAAGUCAUGAGAAACACAAGAUCAGAUGGUCGUGAGGAGAUUAAUGCACAGUUGAAAGAAAUUCAAAAUGACUGGGAACGCCUGGUAAAGAAGAUCUCAACCACGAAAGUGCAUCUCGAAACAAGUCUGUUGCAGUGGGCGGAUUACAGUUCGUCGUAUUCGCAAUUGCAACAAUGGAUCAAUGAUCGCGAGGCCAAGCUGCAGCAAGUGUGCGAGCAAAAAGUCUCUAAGGCUCGAAAGGGUUUAGUUGGAUUGAGCUCCCUAGCAAUUGGAGAAAGAAAGGCGAACUUGCGGCAAACUAACAGCAUCGUACAGGAUAUCGUGGCGUUCGAGCCCAUGAUUCAGUCAGUCACAACAAAGGCUGAAGACUUGCAACAAGCGACGCCGGCUACAGAGAUCUCGAUCAAAUAUGAGACUUUGAGCAAACAGGCUCAGGAAUUGUAUGCAAAGCAGAAGGAAACUGUUGAACAGCAUCAGGCUUUUAUUGACAGUGGUAAUGAAUUUAUUCAAUGGAUACGAGCAGCGAAGGAAAGACUUAGCAAGUGUUCGGAGCCUACGGGAGAUAAAGAAUCUUUAGCUAAUAAAAUCACACAACUCAAAGUUCUACAGAGCGAAUUGCUCGAAGGUCAGAAGAAGUUGGAAAAAGCUCUGGAGCAAGGUAACGCAGCCUGUCAGAUCGCAGAUGCUGAAGACAAGGAGAUAAUCGAGGAAGAAGUAGCGUUACUACAGGAAGAAUAUGAUAACUAUGUAGAUUCGCUGAAUAAUACCAAAAGUUUGCUCGAAGUUGGCAUAGUAAAAUGGACCGAAUAUGAAGACCAGUUCUCCGAAGCUACAGAAUGGCUUACGCAAACUGAACAAUUGGUUCAAACUUUUAAUAAAUUGCAGGAUAGUUUAGAAGAGAAGAAGAACGUUCUGGAGCAGUUUCAGGUUCACUUGCAAACCUUAUUUGACUGGCAGAAGGAGCUAGACCGAUUAAAUAUGAAAGCGCAGAUGCUGCUGGAAACAUGUGCCGAUACAAGAAUUUCAAAUGCUAUAACGCAACUUACUACCAAAUAUAACGCGUUGUUAUCUCUCGCCAAAGAAAUAAUGCGGCGAUUAGAAUUGCAUUAUCAGCAACACAAUACUUUGUAUCAAGAAUGCCAAGAUUGGAUCGAGCGCACACGAGACAAAUUGAGUGAGUGCAAGGAUAUUCCCAGCACGUUAAUUGAAGUGAACAAUAAGUUACACACGUGUAAAGCUAUUCGGCAGACGUUGGAACAAGGUCAGAACAAGUUACGCUACGCUCUGGAAUUAAAAGAGAAAGUUAUUAUGAAUACCGAGCAAAACGGUGCGGCGAAAAUUCAAGAAGACACUGAGAACUUAAAGAGCGAAUUUGACAAGUUAUUGAUCGACGUCGAAGAUGUGAGACAAAAAUUGUCGGCAAGAGCAAGUAUGUUGGAGGAACUUAACAAGAUUCAUCGACUUAUUUCGGAUUGGUUGGAAGAAGCUGAAGGCAAGGUUCAACCAGCAGAUGUCUGCAGAAAUGAUCUCAGCGAAAAACGUGCUCUGUUAGAAAAAUAUAAAAUUUUGCAAAGAGAUAUUCACGGUCAUGGCGAGACGGUAGAACGCUUAAAAACUCGUCUUAAUGAAAAUCCCAACAUAUCGAAAAGUCCUUAUGAAUCGACAAUCAAUAAAUACGAUAGCUUGAAGAAACUAAUUGCCGAAAAAAUCCAUAAUUUGGAAGACCAAGUCAAAGAUCACGAAAAAUUCCAACAAGCUUUGAAUGAGGCAGCUGAUUGGGUGCGUCGUACAAAAGUUGAGCUUCAGCAGUACAGUGAUACUCAUGGCGAAAAGGAACAAAUCAUUGAACGAGAGAAUAAAAUUAAUCAAAUUAUCUCGUCUCUACCCAAAGGUGAUACGUUGAUCUCAAAGAUAAUUGAAUUGAGCGACGUCGUGAUCUCUAAAACGGGACCUGAGGGCCAAGAUUCCAUUAAACAAGACAUGAAGCAGAUACAAAACGAUUGGAAAUCCCUGCAAGCACAAUGUCACGAAUCACAACGAACUCUUGCCAAUUGCAUCUCGAACUGGUCUCAGUUCACAAACGCGUUAGAUGGCAUGAAGCGAUGGAUAGAUCAUUUUCAAAAGAAGAUCGCUGAUGAGCAGACCAAAGACAAUAAAACUCCGGAGGAUUUAGAACGUUGUAAACGUUUGGUGGAAGAAGCGGUUAAGCAAAAACCAGUUUUGGAAGAUUUGAAUGAUAAGUGUGAAGCUCUGUUGGAAGUCAGUGCUUGCAGUUGGGCGCGAGAUAAGACGGUACAGCUGCAAUCAGCGUACACAUCGCUUUUAACGGAUGCGCAAGGGCUCGUAUCGAAGGUCGAAAAAAAUUUAGCCGAUCAUACCGAAUUCUUGAAAGCCAAAAAAGAGAUGGAAGAUUGGUUACGCACCGCUCAAGGUUCUGUGGAAGAUUGCAUCGGUGUCGGAGAUGCGGCUUGGGCGAAGGAUAAAUUAGAAACAUUGAAGCUGGUCGCAACACGUGUGACGGAAGGUCAACAUCUACUAUCGACGUUACAGAAUGCCUUUGCAAAGGCAAUUAACAUGGCUCUUCCAGAACAACAAGAUCAAUUACGAUCGGAUAUGGCUAAUCUACGUUCCAGUUGGGAACAAUUGAGCAUAGAUUUGAAUACGGUUCAAGCUAAAGUAAAAUCAGUUCUGAGUCGCUGGGACGAUUACGCAGAAGCAUAUAAUAAAUUUACAAGAUGGUUAGAAGAAAACGAGAAUGUCCUUAAAAAAUCUCCGGAUACGAAAGGCGAGUUUGGCGAGAUGAAAACUAUGCUCGAACGGUACAAACACAUUCAGGAGGAGGUUCGUGACAAGAAGUCCGAUUUGGAUCAUCUGAUGACAGAAGCAACAGAAUUGUCAGCAUGGGCAAAGAACAAUACGACGCUAAACGAGACGAAACAAUUACUAACUCGAUGGAAAACGCUAGGCGAACUCAUCGGUGAGAAGAAAAAUUUCAUGGAAAACGAGAUACAAGAAUAUAAUGCGUAUCACGCUGCUCUGCAAGAAACGGAAAAGUGGUUGUUGCAGAUUUCCUUCCAAUUAAUGGCACACAAUUCUCUCUACAUCACCAACAAAGAACAAACAAUCGAGCAGAUCAAACAGCAUGAAGUACUGCUAUCUGAAAUUCAGAAAUACCAAGAAGUAUUAGAUGAAUUGAAGUCAAAGGGUCAUAGUCAAAUAGAUCGAUAUGUUGCUGCCAAUCCCGCUAUUAGAUCAACCAUAGAAAUGCAGCUGCAAAAUGUUCAGGACAGUUACAAUUCAUUGUUGAACACUGCCUUGCAGAUCAAAAAUAGAUUGGCAGAAUCUCUGGCCAAGUUCCAGGAAUAUGAAAAUACCUUGGAGAGCAUCAUGAAAAAUCUAGACAUGUAUGAGACGGAAAUGACUCAAGGAUUGGAGAUUCCGCUAAAUAAUUUGCCUACUGCCGAGCAAAGUCUUGAAAGUGCUCGCCUUUUGCACAAUAAGUUACAAGCUGAGAAAGCCCGAUUGGCAUUAGCGGUGGAAGCUUGCGAGGCUGCGGCAGCAUGCGUUUCUAGACCCGGAAGUCCUCUCGAUGCUCCACCCGUUCAAGUCCCCGCGAGAGAAGUGGAGGUCAGAACAAGGCUUGACGAUCUUAUUGACCAGAUGCAAACGCACUUGGCAAACGUAAUGAAAACGGUGGGUGAGCUCGAGGAACAAUUAAGACAAAAGAAUUCCCUCCGUGCUUGGAUCAAUCAGCAACGAGCUCUCUGUGCCGAAUGGAAGUCACGACCAGCAAAACUGCGAGCAGAGGCUGCUCAGGCUGAAUUACAGGCAAUGAAAGAGUUGCUCACCAAUGUGGGCGAACGUCGCACUCGUGCGUUGACGGAGUUAUCGAUUCACAAGGAGGAUCACUAUAUCGAGGAGGGAUUGAACAAACUGGAAAGCGAGUUAACUGACGCCAUCAGUGGAAAACAAGCGGCACAGGAUCUUAUUCAGAAAUACAGAUCGCAAGUGCAAGAUAUUCAAACAUGGCUCGAUGGCCUAUCGAAGAAGGUCGAUGUGAUCGAGAAGGGUAGUGGAUUAACUAUUAGCCAAAAAAUCUUGAAUCUCAAGGAUAUCACAAAUGAAUUUGAGUCUCAGGGACCAGAGAAAUUGGCAGAAGUCAAGAAACUGAGUGAACAAGUGAUGGAUUCGGUUAGCAAUUUGGACUCUCAGCAAAUAGAAGAACAAAUCAAAUCGGUAGAGAGACGACAUGCAGAUAUCAGUAAGAAAUUGCAAAGAAAAGCCCAAGUUUUGGACAUGACGGCACAGGGAAUCGAAGCAACCAAGCGAGAGAUCGAGGAGAAUCGCGAAUGGAUUGAACAGAAAAAGCAGCAGAUAAAGAUGCCUGAAUUACUGGGAUUUGAAAGUAAACUAGCAGAAGAGAGGCUUCUCACUCUCAAGGCUAUGUUGAAAGAAGCGGAUGGAAAGCAAUUGAUUAUAGACACGUUGGAAAAGAGAGUUGGAAAUAUGCAGAAUGAAUUAGAAACCAGCGAGCAGCAACAAUUAGAAACUGACACGAAGUCCUUGCGGGGCGAGCAGGUAGAAUUAUGCGCCAUUUUAAGAGAAGAAAUAUCUCUUGCGAGUGCGGCGGCUGAUGCACGACGCAAACUAGAGAGUGAUAUUGAAAAGGCACGAAAUUGGAUAAAAUCCAAAGGCAAUGAUUUGAAAAAACUUAGUGGAUAUUUGCCUUUGAGGGCUUCGAAAGUCGAGCAAGAUAUCGCGCAACACAGCGGAUUGGAAGCAGAUAUUGAUUCCUUUAAUGAAAGCAAACUUAAAGACAUUCUUAAACAAGGGAACAACUUGAUGAAGGAUUGUAAUGCAGACAGUCGCGCCAAACUCAAAGCCCUCUUGGACGAUUUAAGUAAGGAUUAUGAAGAGUUGAAGAAGGAGGCGAGAGAAAAGCAAGCUUCGUUGGCAGAUCUUCUUCAAGGACGCAAGACUUUUGAAAGUGAAUUAGACAAGUGUCAACGAUGGAUUAAGGAAGCUGAAGUGGCUACCUCUUCGGAAUUGCGACCUUCCAGUCUUGACGUUCUUCGUGAACAACUUGCUAAGUAUGAUCGAUUGAAGAAAGAGGCACAAGAAUAUGGUGAUGACAUAGAAAUAAACCAGCAAGGAAAAUCAAUUUUGCCAACUGUGAGCGAUGCUGAUAAGCAGGAAUUAAGCGAACAAUUGAAAAAUAUGAGGGAAGCUCAUGGACGAGUGGCUGGAAUAAUAAACGAAAGAGCAAUCGCACUCCAGAAGAGUAUAGACGAAGCCGAAGAAGCUGCUGCGCGAGUGGCGGAAGCAAUUAAAUUCAUGACAGAUAUUCAGAAAGAGCUUCAUGAUUUGAACAAGCCGAUCGGUGCUCGCGUGGAAGACGUGGAGGGAAUGUUGGCUGCUUAUGAAAGAAUUCUAGAUGACCUCAAGGCAAACAAAGCCAAAUUAUCUGAUCUUCAAUCUGCUAAUGUGGGAGAUCUACAUGGCGUACUAGCUCAACAAGAUGAUCUAAUAAGAGCUCUCGAAGCACAAAUAGCGAAACUUCGUCAGUUGCUGCUACUACGACAACAAUUUAUUGCUUUAAUCGCAGAAAUUACUACUUUUAUUGCCAAGUAUACUGAAAUUAUCCGAGACAUCGAGAAGUCUGGACAAACAACGGAAGAGAAAAUUAAAAGAUACGACGACGCUAUAUUAAAAAUUCAAGAAUGCGAAGCCACUCUUGCUAGUGCAACAGAUAAGGGACAGCAAAUAGCGGCGGAAGGUUCAGUUGUAGAUAGAAACAACGUGACAGAGCAGUUGCAGUCGUUGAAACAACAAUUACAAGCUCUCCGAAGGGCAGUAGAGACACAAAGAGAGCAGCACGAAUUGGCUGCAGCCGAGCAUAGAAGACUCGCUGACGAAUUGGCGGAUAUUCUUGAUUGGCUAGAGAGCAAGGAGAAGGAAGUCAAGUCCAGACCGCUAUUGGAAAGAGACCCAACGAGCGUCGAGGUGGAAUUGAAAAAACAUCAUAAUCUUUGCGCCGACGUGAACGAAUAUCUAGAUAAAAUUAGAAAUCUGAAGGAAUCAGUACGACAUGAAGAAGGAAUGCCUGGAUCUUUAAAAGAAAUGCUAAGCGAGGCGGUGUCUCUGUUGACGUCUCUACCAAGAGAGAUGGAAGAACGCGGAAAUUAUUUCGAAAGUAACAUGCAGAUGAGACUGGAUUAUGCAGCUCUUACCGACAAACUUCAUAAUUGGGCUCGCGAAGCGGAAAUUCGGCUUGAGAGUAACAAGGAGGGUCUUGACUUUGAAAAUAUUCUUAGCGACCUGGAAGAACACAAGAUAUACUUCAGCAGUGAAGCUUCGAUACGCGAGCUCGUAUCGCAACAAAUUCAACAGGUGGCAGAUAAGAUCUGGCCGUCUUUAGAUAAUUACGAGCAGGAAGAAUUAAGUGCACAACAGCAGCAACAUACUCAGCUAUUAAAGAACACCCUCAAUACGGCUAAAUCGCAACGUUCACGCUUGGAACAGGGAGCGGAGAUGUGGAGGGAUUAUACGCAAAGCUUGGAACGUGUUCGCGCCGUCAUCAACAGAACUAAAUUCACGGAUGAACCAGUCACUACAUUAGCUGGAUUGCAAUUCAAUAUUCAGAAAAUCACGCAUGCACUUAAUGAUAUUCAGAAUCAACAAUUCGAAUUAGAUCUUCUAAACGAACGUGGACGAGAGGUUCUCCAACUUGCAGACGCUAACAAUAAGAAAGCGAUAGAAUCGCAGCUGUCGGAAAUCAAUUCGGAAUGGCGCGAACUUGUUUCGGGUCUCGAAGGACGAAGAGAUACUCUUGAGGCAUUAUCGCGACAUUGGGAAGACUUGGAAACGCAAUGGUCUCUCAUCGAAACGCGAUUGACUGCAACUGAAGAAAAAAGCAAGCUUGUCGAUACGGUGGUGCGAUCGAAGCAACAUUUGAACGAUACCGUUAAAGCAUUAGAAGAACUUGUGACGGAAGCUGAAAAGCUUAAACCUCUAACGGAAGAAGUGAAGGGUUUGGCAGGACCUGUGCUCGCGUAUCUCGCAGCGUUUACAGAAGCGCCAGCACGAAGUUUCGAAGAACGUCUCGAGAAACUAGAGAGAUCCGUCGAAUCACUCGUCGACUCGCUUCGUGGCAAGUCCGAGAAGGCGAGCGAAGAUCUGGAGGCGCUCGAAAACGUCGAACGUGAGAUCGAGCGCCUGCGAAAGCGAUUAAACGAGGUGCGCGAAACCACCUCGAAUUUGUACAUUUACGGCGUUGAUCAAGACGCAACCGAGACCGAACUAGGCGAGCUGCGCUCGCAGGUCGAGGAUCUCGUCGAUACCGCCAAGAAGUUCUCAGGAAGCAUUAAGGCGCGGUACCAAGCUAGCCAGCAGCUGGUACCAAGUGACAUUACCCAGCAUCUGACCGCACUCGAGCUUUGUGCCGAGGCGACGGCACAAGCGAUGGAGGAGAAACAGAGAGAGCAGAAACGUGCUAGAACAGUCAGAUCGGACUAUCUAACCGAUGUGGAUGAGGUGCAGGCAUGGAUCCGUCAGGCUGAGCUCAAAGUACAAGAUAGAUCGGUCGAGCCGGCCGUCCUCAGGGAGCACCUCAGACAAAUUCAAAAUGAGCUGGGCACGAUUAGCGACAAGCUCGAACGACUGACGAAAAAUGGGCAAACCAUCGUCAAGAACACGAGGGACGACGCCGAGAAGGAACUGAUCAACAGCACGAUCAAUAAUCUUACCGAACAGCUGGCGCAGGUGAGGAGCUGGUUGGAAGAGAAGAAACAAAUCGUAGGAGACACUCUAGACGCCUGGCAAAGGUUCCUCGCGCUUUACGAGGCCGUCAAGGCGUGGACGGAGGACAAAAAGCAGUUCCUAGUCGAACCACUGAAGCUCAGCACUCUUGUGCAAGCUAGACAAAGACUGCACGAAUAUUCGACGGCGGUCAAGAGUUGCAAGCAGGUGAAUAAGAAUCUCAGCGAUAUGGGCAGAGAAUUGGAGAAUAUCGGUCAAGUAACUAACGUGGGCGAUCUGCCCGAGAAACUGGCCGAGGCGGAAGAGGGCAAAGUUCAAGUCGAGGGUCAGCUAUUGGAAAGGAAUGCAUUGCUGCAAGAGGCCAGCGAAGAAUGGGAGCAGUGUGAGAAGAAGAUGAAGGAUGUACGGAGCUGGAUGGAGAAAGCAAAACAAACGUUGGAAUCGCCACAGAACAAGAAGAAACCAUUGCGUGAUCAGCACGCUAUCCGCGAGAAAAUGCUCAGCGACAUCGCGAUCCAAAAAACAAAGAUCACGAUCUCGGUGGAAAAACUCGAGGUGCAUUUUAGGUCCGGUAUCGUCGGUGACAAUCGGGUGAAAGAUACCGCCGAUGAUCUGAUUGCCGAGCUCAAUUCUCUUCACAGUACCGUCAAAGAACAGACAACUUCUCUGGAAGCCUGUUUAGCGCAGAUAGAUCAGUAUCAGCAGGAAAUUCAACAGUUGAGACAACACAUUGUGCAGGUGGAGCAACAGCUGAGAACUGUACUCAGCCCGACGUACAUGCCAAAUGAUCGAGAAAAGGCUCUUCAAGAGCAACAGAGCCUGCAACAACGAGUAGAGGAUUGGAAGCAACGCUGCAAGACACUGGUGGAUCAGAUACACGUGGUGGAUCCGUACUACGUACCCACCAACGAGUACCGGUUCAUAGGUCAAGCCUCGUACGCCGAUAUCGCAGCAGGACGUACCAAUAGUCCGAGCUCAAGAAAUUGUAGUCCAUAUAGACACCAACGAGACGCCACUCCUCCUAUGACCGCGCAAGUAUUACGACCUGUGGUUAUGCGAGCUACUCAAAAGUUAUCUGCGGAAUCUUCUCCUCCGCCAGAUGACUCACAAAUUUCAAAGGUGCAAACUCAAGAAAGCGAUGUGAAUCUGAACAAGUCAAAACCAUUACCAAUACAAACCGAGAUACACGUGCAGGAAACGGACGAUCAGGGCGCGGUCGAUACGGAAGAAUGUCAGCAGGAGGUACUUAAAGUCGUGGUCGAAUCGCCAGUGCCGCAUCGCGGACGAUCGCCAACGCGCAAGAUAAACUCGUCCAAGGUGAAGGAACAAAAAGCGACGAUGGAGCAGAAAGGAGAAAUCGACAGUCGUGAUAAUCCGCACAAAUCCGGCACUAAUCUCAAGCAAGAAGUGCGAACGGAGUCUACAAGGAACAACCUGGCACCGCACGAAGAACGAAGAGGACGUUCACCCAGUCCUAUGUGGGUUCCCGGUUCCACUUCUUACGCUGACAUUCUACGUGGAUCUACACAGACGACGCAGGUUAACGUCGCUCCUGCGCAAUCACCCAGGCAAGAGAUGGUUCCUUUAUCCGGGGAGUCUCGACGCAGUCGAGUCGAAGCUCCUCGCGCGGCCGUGGACGUGGACGUGGACGUUGUCGCAAACACGGACAAAUCUCAACAAGCCACUGAGAUCCAACACGUAGCACCAUCGCAAGAGAAUCAAGAGGAUAACGUGCAAAUCGCCGAGACUUACUGUCAAUCUCCCGAAAUUUCCACGGCGAAAACGGAGGAUCACAGCUACGCCGAGCCUGAGUCAACCAACUGGGCCGAAGAAGCCUUGCAGGAUUACAGUGUACUGCAACAUGUGAAAUCUUACGAGAACGUGCCGAGACAAUCACAACCGGAGAUUUAUGACUACAUGAUGCCGGAGGCGAUGCCGGAACUGGUGGGCUUCAUCGAGUCUCAACUCGGAACGUAUCCGGUGGGUUCGUACGUUUACGCGCCGUCGGGUCAUCAUCAGCAGGUACAGCAGCUCGAUGCAAUGAACUUAAAUCCUUACAACAGCUCCUUGGCGUAUACGCCAGAACAUUACGUCGCGCAAACCGCGUAUCUUCCGUCAUCAGAUCACAUUUAUCAGCAGACUCCGAUGCAGCAGCCGCAAUGCCCGGCUAAUGACAUGAGACACGCAACUGCGAUGAUAGUGGAAAAGCCUAUUGAGGAGCCAACACUUAGACAGCCUGAAGUUCCUAACGAUGUAAUCACAACCGAAUCUAUCGAUAAGCCUGAAGAGCAAGUAGAAGCUUCCACGACGAAUAAAACGGAAGAAAAGGACUCACCGUUGAAUAGCGCGGAAAUGAAAGGGCAAACCUUCUCGUACGCGCAAAUACUUUCGCAAGGACUUGGUUCGCGUGUCACUUCGACACGCGUCAGCAAAUUGCCAGCUACGAAUUAUCAGAGUAAGGAAGGUUCUGACUCGCCAAAGGAAUCACUCGAGUUAUCAUCCCGCGAAUUAUCGCCGUUACAAGAAUUGAAGCAAGAAUCGUUUGCGAUUACAUCUGAACAAUCUAGACAGUCUAAAGAUAACGAUUGGGAUACGAUGAAGAAACGGGAGGUUAGAAAGAGACAACAGCAACCGAACGACAAAUCUAAACAAACGGAUGAAAAGAAAUCUCGAAAAUCUGUCGAUAAACCAAAAGAAAAACAGAAAAAGGAGAAAUUAAGUCCUCCGAAACAAUUAGAAAUGCAAAACGAGUCCGUUUCUGAUAAAAUUAGCGAUAACUCAGCGCAGAAAGAGGAAAAACCGGUGGAGCAAGAAAAGUUAGUAGUCGAUUUGGUAGACACGAAUCCAUCGCAAGAAAAGAAACGCAGACAAAAGAAAAAGAAAACAAGUAAAUCUAUAGGAGACGAAAUUGACAAAGCUCUUAAAGAGAUUGAAGAUAUGGAUAAACAAAAGAUAAAGUCUCAGAAAGACAAACCUAAAGAGCAAAAUAAAGAACAAAACAAACUUCGAGAUUCUGUCAAUGGGACAGUGGAAAAAUCUAAAGAUGAAGCUGACAAAAAACAAAGCAAAUCUGAUGAGAAAUCCAAGAAAUCAGAAAUAUCUAAAGAAAUAACAAAAGUAAAAGAAACUGUGCCGAUGGAACAUAGGACAUUACCAAGUCAAAUGGAAGCAAAUGGUCAAAGUAUUAUAAAAGAAAAUAUGGAAAUUAAAGAAGAUAUGAAAGAUAGAAAAGUUUUAGAUUCCAAAAAUGGAGAGGAAAUCCAGAAAGAUAUUUCCAAGGAAACGUUGAAAGAUCAAUCUCAAGUCGAUAAUGUCCAUAUUAAUUUUGACAAAGCCAACACUAAAACAAAACGUAGGAGUAAAAAAACCAGAAUAGAUAAGAAUAAAACAGAUAAGAAUACAGAGAUAAAAGAACAAGGCAGAGAAUCUUUAGAAGAUAAAAUCAAUCAGAUUCAAAAUCAACCAGAGUUUUUAAAUGAUAAAAAGAAUAAAAUGAAUAUUGUCGAUGAAAGCAAUACAACAGAGAUUGUAAAAUUAUCAUCUACUCAAAAUAUUCAACUGGAAAAUACAAAUGAAAUGACAAAUAUAUCUAUAAAUACGAAUAAACAUAAAGAUGUUUCAAUGAAAGAAAAGAAGAAGAAAAAGUCGAAAGAACUAAAAGUUGAAAACAGUAACAUAAGUCAAGAAAAAAAAUCUAUUGAAGAAAUAAUCAAAGAAAAAUCUUCAGAGCCACUUAAAUUACUAAAUGAUAUUGAGAUACAAGAACAUGAUUCAAAGACACUUAAUACCACAAAGAUUGCUGAGAUAAACGAUAACAUAAAAAGUAAAACUAAUUCUCGAAAGAGAGACAGGGCCUCUAAAAGUAAAUUAAAAUCUGAAGUUGUAAUCGAUACAUCAUCUUCGACUGCAAUAAACUUAAAUGAUACAGAGAAAGAUGAGGUUGUUCCAAAAUCUGAACAAAUAACCGAUCAAACUAAAAUUACUGAAACAGAAAUAGUUGAAAUUCCAAAAGAAAUUGUAUCGUCGCCUAAGACAGUUCAGCAAAUAACAGAGGAAAUUGUACAAACUGAUAUUAUGUAUAAAAACGAUAAAACAUAUGAUUCAGCUGAAAUUAAAGAUUUGACAGAAAACAAAGAACUAUAUCAAACAAAUACUAAAUUAGAAACGGAAAGAUUUACGAAAGAAAGUUUACAAAUUGCAAAUACAAUAGAUGGGAAGAAAGAAAGUAAUACAGAAAUGAUUGAGACAAUUAAAAAGCGAGAAGGAGAAAAACGUCAACGAAAAACCGCAAAACAGAAAAAAUCCGAGAAAAUAAAAUCUAAUGUUCAAGAUAAGAGUAAGAUAAAAGAAGAUGAAACUGAAACAUCGCAGCUUGUCGAAAAUAAAUUUAUCGGAAAGAGAGAUGAACUUAACAUCGAAUCUUUAUCAACAUCUCUAUCGGCAUCUAUGGCAGAAACUGUCAUCCAAGAACAAUGCACAAAAGAAGAAAAUUUGACCGAACAACAUGUAUUAAUGCAUGAUAACAGCUGUCUUGUUCACUCAGAAACGAAUGCCGAAAAUAACUUUGAUGUUAAAAUAGACGAGAGAGAAAAUAUAGCACUAGGCCAAAUUAAUAAUGCGCCAGAAGUUAUUCCUAAGAGUGAGACAAAAGACGAAUCAAAAGAUGAGAUUAUUCCGUCUACUGCAUUGACGCACGAUAAAUCAAUAGAAAAAUUAAAUUUGAAAGAUGCGAUUAUAAACACGGCAUCUGCGAUCGUAGAAUUAUUUUCGUCGAUAAAUGAAAAAGUAUCUCAUAACGAAACGACGAAGCUUAUCAAAGAUAAUGCUAAAUCAGAAACAAGGUCAACAACAAUUGAAAAAUCUACUGUAUCGGAACCGGAUUUGACUAUUUCCACGGCAUCUGAAAAUGUAGUUGAAACUAUUUCUACUGCAGAAACAUUCCCUAUAGUAUCUGAAAUUUCUACAGAAAUAGAUAACAACGCUAUGAAGACGGAAGGAAAAUAUCAGAACAUUAAAAACGAAAAAACGAUUAUUAAAGAUAAAAAUAUUAAGACUAACCUAAGCGAUGAAAAUACUUUAAUGAAAGAGCAGGAUGUUGAAAAAUCGAAAGAUGUUGCAUCGAAGGAGAAAACAUCGAAACGCACAAAGAAAAAGAAAGCUCCAGUUGAACAAGCAAAACAACCUUCCUCUUUCUAUAAUAAAUUACAGAAGGAAAUUGUUUUCAGAGAUAAUUUAACGGAAAAAGAAGAAACCCCGAAAUCUACCAGUCCUAAGCAAGAAAAGUUUAAUGAAAAUUUAUCUCCUCUUGAUAAUGAUAAUAUUGAUGUCAAAAAGACGCAAGAAUCACCGAAAAAAGAUGAAGCUGAAAUUAAAGUAGAUUCCACAGCCUUGGACAAUUCGGUUGAUAAAACUCAAGUACAAGAAAAAUAUAUAGAUGAAAUACAUAAUGAUAAUUCGAAAUCCGAACAACUACCUUCGACAGGAAAGGCUUUAAUUAUAGAAAAAACGAUUACUACUGUAACUACCACCACCAGUGUGCCAGGAUCGGUAAAGGUCAAGCCACCCGAUGUCAAGUCCGUGAAGUCGGUGGAAAUCUUAGAAAACAUACCCCUUCCUCGAAUCGCGAGUUCCAAAGUUACCGAGUUGAUCAUUUUGCGUCCUGAAACUGUAGAGGCUAGUCUUACCACUACUUACGCUAGGGUUCCUCGGAACGAUUCUCUCGUUGGUACGGUACAAUCGGAUCAGAUAGCGAAUUCUCAAAAAGUAGGUUUAACUUCUGCGAUUUCCACCGAGAACGUCGUGAUAUCCGAUGAAUCGGCUCUAUUCGGUAGCGUUCGAGAAAGGAGGAGAGUUUGUUCGGGCAUUUCGGAGACUUCUGAUACAUCAAAAAAGUCUCUGAUCAUUGAGAAGAAAAGAGAAGAACUUACUGCUCAAUUAGAUAAUAGCGUGAUAAAAAUGGAAAAUCAAUUAAAAGAAAAAGUUCCUGAGAAUAAAGGCGAGAAUAGUAAUAUGAGUAAAGAAAACAUCGACACUAUUUCACAAAAUGACAAUAUUAUAGAAAGUCAAAGUAUUAAUAUUUCUGAUAAAAAUGACAAUAUUGCAUUAAAUGAUAAAACUAAUCAAGCUAUAUCAAAUAUUUUAGACGAGGAAGAGAAAAAAUCCAUAGAUAAAAAUAGAAUCAAUGUUGUCGAUGUAAUGUCUGAAAAUGUUCAGAAGGAGGUAUCAAAUGACAAAAUAGAAAUUGAGGCGAAAUGCGAAAACGAACGUACAAGUGAAAUAAAAAGCAAAGAUAAAUCUGAAAGUAUAAAAGCAAAGAAGGAAAUAAUGGCUGAUUAUUUGUUAGAUCUUGUUAAACCUUAUGCCAUAGAUUAUCAUGCUUAUAAUCACGCAGAAAGUAAUUUUUAUCGCUAUUUCAAAAUUGUCAAGAUAGUAAAAGAACCACAAUUACCUGCUGAUACAGUUCAGACAAGACCAGAAAGCGUAGAAAGAAUUGUACAAGAAGCAGUAAUGAAACCUAUUAGAUCAGCUAGCCAAGAAAUAUGCGAUAUCGAUAGUAGAAGACAGGCUCUUAUCAUAGAAGCAUCAAAGUAUCCAAUUUCCAGUUUUUACAAUUUUGAAUCACAAUGGAUUAAAACCAAAUCCCUUGAAAAAUCUGAAUCCAUUUCUUCUGAUAAUUCUGAAAUAUCCAUAAAAUCUGUAAUAGAGAAAGAAAAACAACCUAUUGAAGAAAAGGAAAUAGUAAAUGAAAUGUCUGAUUUUAAAGAAGAUGUAAUUAACGUAGAGAAACCUGAACUAAUUAAAACAAAUGACAAUUUAACGUCACGCAUGCUUGAACCUACAAUAAUCACGAAAGAACAAUUCUUACAAGACACUUCCGAUUCAUUAUUCAGUGAAGAUAAAAAGUCCAGAUAUAUACAGCAGUCUGUUCAUUUAGUUUCCGAUGAUUCCUGGAUGAGCAUUUUGGAUGAGCCAAUGAUUAUUGAAGAUAAUUUUGAUGAUACGUAUAAUUCAGAAGAAAAUACAAUUAAUAAAAUGGUAGAAAAAGAAUUUACAAAUGUUGAAGAUCAUGAUGGAAAAAAUGAAACUCAGAUGCAGGAAAGACAAUUAUCUAAAACUAUUUCUGACGUUAGAGAAGGUUUAUCUUGCAUAGAAUCGGUUGAAAAGCUUCAGGAACCGGCUAUAUCAUUAGACAACACAGCUACUAAUAAUAAGACAUCAUUAAUUGAUGGAACAGAUUUAAUUAAUACUGUCAGUGAUUCUCAGGCAAUUAGUAACGUUACAGAAUCAAACCAACUUAAUAUAGAAGCAGACAAAAAUAUUACGACAAAUAUUGUUGAAUCCGUACAUUUAGAAUCUGAUGAUGCUUGGAUGGCUCUUCUUGAAGAAGAAAUAGUAAUUGAUGAUGACUUUGAUGAAUUAGAACCAGAAACAAUAAAAAAUGAUCAAAUUGAAAAAAGAGAAAAAGAGACUGAAGAAAAGGAAAUAAAAGUUAUACAGGAAAAAGAAAUUGAAAAGGAAACAUCAAUUGAAAAACAAGAAGACAAGAUUAAAGAAGAACAAUCUAUUAUUGAAGAACAAGAAAAGAUUCAAAAAGAAGAGAAGAUUGAAAAAAUAGAAGAAAUAAUUGAGAAUAAAGAAACAAUAAUUGAGAAACCUAAAGAAGAAAUUGACAAGAAAGAAUUAGAGAUUGAAGUUUCAAAUAUUCCAUUAAACGAAGUUGCUGUAAAAGAUGAAUAUCAUACUAAUAUAACAGAUAUUCAGAAUAAUAUUUCAUGUACGGACGAAAAACAAAGUGAUGACAUACAAAAUCAAUCGAAGAAAAAGAAAGAGGCGAAACAUAUUAAAGUUCCAAAAACUAAAGAUCGAGCAAAAACUAAAAUUGCACCUAAAAAGCAAAGUGACAUGGAAAUUAAAACAGAUACCACUGAGACUGAUCUGUUAUCGUUACAAAACAAUUUAGAAGAACAUAAAAUAAUAGAAAACGAAACUGAUUCUAAAACAAAAGAAACAGAAAAAUCUUGGUUAGCGGACGAACCGCAGGCCGAAUCGCAUAAAGAUAAUGCAAAGUUAGAAACUCUUCCAAAUGAAUCUGUGUCAAAGUCAAAACCGCAAGAUACAAUUAAUAAAGAGUAUGAAAAACCAUUAUCAAAACGUGAAGAACGCAAGCUAAAAUCUGAUAAAAAAUCAAAAAAGCAAAAAUCUGAGAAUGUUCUCAGAGAAAAAUUAAUUACAAAAUGUGAAGAUAACGUAAAGAAGGAUGAUAAUAUUGUUCUUUCUGAGUCAGCAAAAAUCGAAUCUGAUGUAUCUGAAACAUCAUUAAAUGUACAAAAAGAACAGGAUUUAAAAAAUGACGUGCCUAAAUAUGACAGUCGGUUAAAUCCGAAUGUUAAAUCAUGGGCAGCUAUCGUUGGAACAAAAGGUACAGAAGCAAUUAUCAUUUCAAAAGAUGAUUCUUUAAAUAAUCAAACAUUUGUUAAUAUUCAACAAGAUACAAAUGAUAAUGUAACAAAUAUAGUAGAAGAAUCACAGGAGUCAAUCAUAUCUGAUUCAUGCGAAAUUCCAUUAAAAGAAGAAAAGAUGCAAUUAUCUUCAUUAGAAAAUCAAAUAAGCGAAAACAUCGAUAAAGAUUUAAAUGCAACAAUAGUGGAUGAAAUUGACAAACCAAUUGCAGAAAAACCCAUUGUGCCAUCAAAACAGCUUAAAGAAGGUAACAAAUCAUAUGCACAAGUCGCAGCCUCAUCUCGAAAAAUUUCUCCUCAGACGUUCCAAGAAGAAACGUAUUCAAUUAAGCCUGUUGCAUUAAAAUCCGAUCACACAACGAUAGAUAUAAAAACAUCCACUUCAGAUAUGCAUGAAGAAGAAGAAGUGCCUGAAGAUUUUAGUUCAGAGAAAUUGCAAAGCCCAUUAGAACAGGAUAAUAAACAAGUAGAUGAAAUAAUAGUACAGCAACCUUCUGAUCAUCAAACAGCAAUCAACCCUGUUUCUCAAGAAGAAUCAAUUCCUUGGGUAGAAGAAAUGGAAAAAGAAACAUCAGUCAUUUCUACUAUCUCUGUUAGUGCUAUCAACACGAAAGAUAACGAAAAUACAUGGGCUGAGAUAGUUGGUAAAAAAUCCGUUGAAUCUCCGGAAGUUAACGAUACUCCCAAUCUCGAACGAGAUCUUUGUAAAUCGGAACAGAUUAUUGAACAAUCGCUUCCAACGCAGAUUCAGAUUUAUGUGGAGGAGGCUCCCAAACAAGAGCCUAUAGAAAAUUUAGUUCAGGUAGAUGAACAAGGUUUCAUGGAAGUUGUUAACCGAAAGGAAUUACGCUCUAGACGUUCUAGAUCGCGUUCACGAAGUGCUAGGCGAAAUAACAGAUCCGUAAUUAUAGAUACUUCAGAUACAAAUAAGGACAAGGACACUAAAACAUUGGAUAUUGAAUCUAAAAAUAGAGAAAAUAUUAAAGCCAAGGAAAAAAUUGAAGAUGAGACUGAGCAAAAACACGAGGAUGAACGGAAAAUAAUUGACGAGAGUAAUAAAUUAGCAAUUAUUACUAAGGAAGAAAAUGUCAAACCCUUUAAAAAGAUACAUGCAUCUAAGAAAGAUGAAGAUGAAAAGGAAAAUGACUUGAAUGAACCAAAGAACAAGAGCCAGAUGCAAUCUGCAGAAAAUGAAAUUCAAAAUGUUGACAGUAAAAUUAUUCAAGAAACAAAAUCCGCAUUAGAAGUAUCACUUAAAGGUAAAAAGAAUAAAUCAAAGAAGAAAUCUGGCAAAGAUAUGAAACAACCUACUGAAAUUGAUGGACAGAAACAAUUAAAACAUAUCGAAAAAUCGAAAGAGGAUAAAAAAUCUUUAGACGAGAAUGAAAUAGAACAUAAUAAGAUCGAAACAGAAACUCCCUUGAUUGAAAAUCAAGAAACUAAAAAUAUCAAAGAUCAAUCAAUAAAAGAAACACAAUUAAUUAAAGAUGCAAAGCAUGCACAAGAAAGUAAAGAUGUGAAAGCACUUUCAAUUACAUAUCAAGACAAUACAACAAAAUCUAAAAAGAAGAAAAAUAAAAAAGGAAAACUCGUUGUUGAGCAACCAAUUGCAAAUAUCUCUGACACAAGCAAACAGACAGUAACAGAUGGAGAUUUGGAAGAGAAAAGAGAAUUAUCAGUGGAACUAAAAUUAGACGACAAAGUAAAAUCAAGGCCUGAGGAAGUAACUGCAGAGGUGGAUACAGAAAAUAAAGAAACUUUAGCAGAUAAAAUUAAUAUGCAAGAAAAUAUUAAACAACAAGUUAUAGCUGAUGAAAUCAUAGAAAGCGUUCAACAAAAGAUUAUAGUUGAGAAACCGAAAGAUAUAGAAAAAUAUGAAGAAUCUCCAAUAGAAAAAGUAGUGGAAGAAAACGUAAUAGAACAAAAAGAAAUUCCUAAAUUCACGAGAGCGGAGAAACGAAAACAAAAGAGAAAAACAAAAAUUGCCCAAAGCAAAUCUACUGAUUCAUCUGAUGAUGUAAAUAUCAACGAAGAUAUUAAAACUACAGGAAUAAUUAAAGUAAUAGAAGAAACUAUAAAUACUGUGCCAUCAAAAGAUAAAAUAGAUGAUGCAUUUGUAUCACAAAAGAAUGAUGAAUCGGUAACUACAACAGAAUCUAUACAAAUAGAAGAAAUUGACAAGCCAUUAGAAAAAUCCGAAGCUAUAAUCAAGAAUGAAACCUCACUUUUACAAGCAAUUCCAAUAAAGGACAAACAAAAAGUUAAAACUAAAUCUAAGUCAAAGAAAGAAAAACAACGAGAUGAUAAAACAAAGCCUCAAGAUUCGACAAUACUUACGGCCGAUUCAAAAGAUAUCGAAACUAUAUCUAGUGAAGAAAACACUGAUAUUAAAAUUUUCUUUAAAGACGUAGUAGAAGGUGAUAUUAUGCAAACUAAAGAAGAAAUUGUAAAAAAUAAAGAUACUAUAUUAGAUAAUGGACUAACUGAAACUUUACAAUCUCCAGACGUUGAUGAGAACACUUUUCCUGUUGCUACGGAGACAAUUAAACAUGAAGAUUUUAUAGAAUUAGAACUUGUAGAAAAAGAAGAUGAUAUUAAACAGAUUAAAAUUAAAGAUUCGCUGCCUUCUGAAAAGAAACGUAAGCAAAAACAGAAAUCUUCGAAAAAACAAGAUACCGAGGUUGACGAUAAAAACGAAUUUCAACAACAGAAAGAUUUGAUAAAAUUCGAAAGCCCGAAAGAAGAUACUAAUAUUAUAAAUACAACUGUAUCAAUUGCAGAUGAUACAACAAAUGAUACAAUUAGUAAAGAAACAGAUUUCAAUAUAGAGUCUAUCCUAGAUUUUACAAAAGAAGAAGAAAAUAAUAUUAUUUCAGUGGAGCUUGAAACAGAGACUAUAGAGAAAGAAGAUGGUAUCAAAAAUGAACAUAAAAUAUAUGAAGAGCAAAUAGAAAUAAAUAAUGCUGCAAAAUUGGUUAUAAAAUCAGAAGAAAUAAAAACAGUUAUAGAAGAAGCACCUGCUGAUAACAUCGAUUUAACAAAAGAUAUCGAAUUGCUUCAAACAGAAGAACUGCAUCCUAAACCUAAUGAUACUUUAAAUUUAGACGAUAUUACAACUAACAAUGAUUUAAAAAUAGAAUCGAUAUUACCGUCAGACAACGUUGAAACAAAUAAAUCUAUCGAUAAAAUCGAAACUGAUAUAUCUAAUUUAAUCAAUCAUACUCAUAUGCAAGUAGAGCCAUUAAAUGAUUCGGAAAAUGCAAUCAUAAAACAUCCUUCAUCAUCAGAAAAAUUAUCUUUAGUUAUGCAACAAUCCUUAGAAGAGGACAAAUUAAAGCGUGUUGCAAGCAUCGAACAAGAGAAUUCCAACGUUUCGGUUGAGCCUCCUAAAUCCAAAGUACAAUUCUACAUUGCGAACGAGAUUUUGGUCCUCACGCCUGAUCGACGAAAGUGCGUUCCACCAGCCUUCCUGCAGGAACAAUCUACAACUGAUUUAUGUAACCCGUUCCUGUCCAUUGACGAUGGUUUUUGGCCCGAUAAACGAUCCUAUCACGAAGCUGAGCGUGAUCAUUUCGAAAACUUAGCCUUGCAUACGAAAAAAGGUCUCUCACGCGAUUCCGACGAUCAUCAUCGUCCCCGAGAUCGCGACGGCGACAAUUCGGGCGGCGGCGACGGUGGCGGUAGUAAAUCACGGGAUUCUUACGGAAACUCGCGUUCCCUUUUGGGAACACCCCAAACGGAGCGUAUGAUAGCCGAUCUACCCGGUGGCAUAUGUAGCUGGAGCGACUAUAGCACUUAUCUGUCGAGCGAGAGCGAGCGGACGAUGGAUCACAGCCUACCACUCGAGGAUUUAACUAUUGAUUCGGGUUUAUCCCUGGAUUAUUCCCUACCAACCGAUAUCCAGCCGUCAUCACCUGAAUUCCUUUCGUCGUCUCCACUCUCUCAUGAUCCGCGGACCCAGUCGCGCAGGGAGUCUCUCGCAGAUGUCAAAGUAACCUCGAGGGAAUGUCCUGCUGUCUCUUCUUCGAAUAGCUUCCAAGAUCCCGAUUAUCCUAACACUUACACCAGAUCGUCGACCCUCACCCAUCUUCGUCCACAACCCAAACUGCAUUUAGGUAGAGAGACGGUGGAGGAAUUCGUGCAAGAGUGCAGCCCGCAUGGAGAUGUGGAGAGAGAGACGGCCGAAGACGAGGCUGAAAGAAGGAUACGCAGGAUCCAGGAUAUCGAAGAAGGCUUCGCUUCUCUACAAGCAAGACUUUCGAAUCUCGAAGGAACGAUGGGUUAUUUACCUCGAGAUAGCAUAGAAUCUAUGCUUUCAUCUCUCAUGGCUAUAUUGACGGAACUUCAUACCUACGACGAGGAGGCCACGCAACUUCAAAAACGAUUACGCGAGAUUCCUGCCGAUGUUGAGUCCCAAAAGCUCUCGGUAGCUUUAACGGGAAUUCACACACGUGUUACCUCCCUUCUAGAUCAAGCGGAACAAGGGAAGGUAGUUCUCGAACAAGCACAAGAGAGCCAAGAGAAACGCGGCCAGGAGAUUCAUACUUAUAAAUUAUUCCUUGAAGAGACAGACACUUGGUUAAGAAACAUCAUAUCACAGCUGCACGAACAACAUUCGAUUAAUACCAAUAAGACUUUACAGGAAGAAUUAACGAGUCGUAUACAUGAAGUCUCAAAACUCGAAUCGAUGUCAGAAGUGAGCGCGCUAGCGAUAACAUUGAAGGAAGCCCUCUUGGACAUAAUUAAUCGUCUCCAGCAAAAGCAGCAGGAGAUCUGUGAUGAGGAAGCUCAAGCUGACGACGAAUCGACAGAGAGAGACAAUGCUACUUUGGACGAAGCCCCCUCAAUUCAUUCUUCCUUAGAAGGCGGUUCGCCAUCUUUGGCUGAUGUUUCCCUACAGACAGGUCAAAGUUUGAUCGACGAUGUAGUCGAGAGGAAACCGAAACUCACAAAACAGACAUCUACAACGCAAAUGCCGUCGUCGACCACAUGUCAUUCUCUGACAACACAGACAUCGCAAGAUUUAUUACCGAGCGAGGGUGCUCAAACGCAAGAAGCUAUAAAAGUCCUAAAAACAACAACGGACGAUCACGAUGUGAUCGAGAUAGCCACUAAGUAUGUACCGCCUAGUUCUAGUCAAGACAUAGCGCGUCGGGAACAGUCCAACAUUCUUCCCAGCGAAGACAUCGUCGUUGACAUGAAAUACCAAGAUGCGCAAAAGACCGACAGUGCGAUGAGCGAGCUGAAUAUCGUCCACGUCGCGCCGCAAUCUUUCGAGACGAUUCUCGUCGAACCAGACGACAUCACUACCGAAGUGGUCGUCGACGCCGACGGCACGAAGAGAAUUAUAGUCAAAAAAUUACGACGUACUAUGGUCACCAGCAGGCAAACCACACAGCAGCGUGUAUCCACGCUAUCAGCAGCGGUUGAAGAUGCGCCGCCAAUAAUGCAAGCUUUCUCGGAGGCUGCGAUGAGAGAUCAACAAAUCACUAUGACCAAGAUGAGACCGGACGGCACCAUCGAGACCACGACAAAGCAGAUUUAUGGUGGCAAAGUCACCACGGGCGCGCCUGCCGAAGGUAUCAAUGUGGAGGAGUAUGAGUCCGAACCUCGUUACACGCGCAUGGUAACGCAAGGUCAGAUAGGAGAUAUCAGCUGCCAACCAGUCGAGGAGGAGAUACUAGUAGAGGGCGGCGAGUAUCAAACGAGGACAUCGAGCGUUCACGCCGUUGUCCAACAAGUCACGAGACGAGUGAUCAAGCGGACGCGUAAGAUCAUUCGGAAAGUCGUCAUCGUAGAUGGCAAGGAAACCGUUACCGAAGAAAUAAUCGAAGAACCUGAAGAAGUAGAGAUAGACGAACAAGAUAUACCGCACAUCAGUAUUAACGUGGUUAAGAGCGAAGAUCAAAGGACUAUAGAGCGACAAGAAGCGGCGAGACCGGAAAUAUCAAUGGAAUCUUAUGUCCCCGAAAGUCCAAUGCAGGGACCGUUCUUUGGACCGUUUGCUAAGGAUAUGACGAGCAUGCGCCGAGACAAAGUAGAAGAGAUCACAGAAACUUCGGUAACAAUUGCGGAAAAAGAUAAUGACACCACAGAAACUAAAACAUUAGAUGUUGAGGAUCGCAAAAGGGAAACUAUAUUAUUAGAAGAACCCACGAUAGAGAUACUAGAUUCUAAAACAGAGACAGCAGAUUCUAAGAUACAAUUAACAGAUUCCACACAAGCUGCGGCAUCCUCUUCUUUAGAAAGACAGGUAUUACAAAUAGAAAAUUUGGCUAAAGUUGAUCAAGGUACUUCUACCGAACAAAGGGAUGAAAAUGUAAUAUCAAAAGAAACUGAACAGAAAACAAAGGAUGAACAAACAUACGAGCAUCUCUCUACCGAGGUAAAUGGCAUAGGUACACUUGCGAUCGAUACUCAAGCGCUGAUCGAUGCUGAACGAUCUGCUGUUUUGCAGACUCCUGUCCUCGAAGAUAUCUGUGUUACAACGGUACAAUCCGAAUCUGUAAAAUCUCCUGCCGUAACAGAUGAUGAGCCGGUGGUCACCAAGGCUACUUGUAAGUCUGACGAUGCACCAGUAAAGAGCAAAACACCCAGUAUCGAGUUAGAAAAUGGCACGGUAGAAGUAGAGACGCACCAUGACGAUAGAAACACUGUAGAAAUUGAUAAAAAUGUCGAUAUAUCGAAUGUCAUUGUGUUAGAGGAAAAGCAUGAUGGAAAAGCAGAAUUAGAAAGAGAGGCAUCGCUCGAACCAUCCAGAAAUAAAGAAAUUACAAUUUUAACAUCACUUAAAGAACUGCAAGAUGAAUCAACUGUUCUAGCGAGUGAAUUAGGCAUUCCUGAAAUCGAUAAAAACGCAGAAAAAAUUAUUACAAAAAUGGAAGAUAUAGAGACACAUUUUGAAGAACGAGAAAUAUCAGAACCGUUUACAGAUGAUGAAAAAUAUUAUUCUAAAGACGAAGCACUCAAACCAGAAUACAAGCCGAUAUUCCAUAAGGUUAAAAUAUCUCUGUCUGUGCAUAAAGAAGAUAAAGAAGUAGAACCAUUGGUCUCUAUCAAAACUCAAGCAGAACGGCCUGAAAUUGCUCCGUACAGCAUCGUUAAGGAAGAUGUAGACAUUAAUCUUCCAGCAGAUAAAGAAAUAACAGAAAUCAUACACGAUAAGAUUGUGCAAACCACCGCUUUCCUUACAGCUGAAAAAGAAACGGAAACUUUACAAUUACAUACUGCUGAAAAAGAAGUCGAUGUUCACAUUGAAUCGCCAGAAAAAAGCAAAUCGGAUACAACGAGUCACAAAAGUAGAAAAAAGAAACGACACAAGGAUAAAUCAGAGUCUUCGGAGAAGCCUGUAGAAACAGACUCUAGCACUUCUAUUGUCACAUCUAUUGCUGAAUCUAUGGAAAUCAAUAUUCCAUCAUCUGAUUCAUCUAAACAUAGCGAACAGCCGCAACCGGAUGUUGCAGAAAUCAUCAAGUCUAUUACUGAAUCUUCUUUAAGCUUAAAUCAUGGCACAAUGGCAGAGAAUGAUGUAUAUCAAUCGGAUGAUAAAACUAUGGAUGAAUUGUCGAUCGCACCAGAAAAUGAAGAUGGAGCAAAAAAGAAAAGGAAGAAGAAAAAGAAGCAAAAGAUUCGAUUGCAUCAAGAUGAAGAUUUGACUCAGAUGCCUAAGACCAGCAGUGAUGAUGCGGCAUUUACGGAUGACAGUCUUCCUUUAGAGAUUCCUGAAUUAAAAGAGAUAACUGUAGAGGAUAUAAUAAAAGAAGACAAUGAGAUAGAAGAAGUUAAUAAAAUAAUAGAAGAGAAAGUAGAAGAAGAGAAGAUAAUAAAACCUGAAGACGAAGUGAAAGAAGUAAAAGUUGAAAUAGUACAGAAAGAAGAAAGUAUUGCUAAAGACAAAAGUACAUUAGAUGACGCGAAUACUCAAACAGCUAUAGAGACAUGCGAUGUAUCGACUUCGUUUACUCCAAAGGCAAAAGAGGAAAGUCUUUCUACAUUUAUGCAAACAUCUCCUGAGCCAGUACCGUUGACUUUAGAAGAAGAGAUACAAACAGCUAGAACCGAAGAAAUUCAUAUUGAAACACAAACAUUUGUAGAGCCCGGCCAUGACUUUAGUGCGCAGACUAUUGCAGAAGAAACUCCAGAAGUCGAAGAUUCAGGUGUGCAAACUAUGACACCUACGGCAACGCCAAUGGAAGAGUUUGCUAUUCAGACUAGUCCAAUGGAAGAUGACACUCCCGCUGUUAUUGCAGUAGAAACAGAAGACAAUCAAGCACAAACAACCGAAAUUGAUGUUCUUUCCACAGAAAUGCAAACUUCACCCGUUGAAUUAGCUCCAAUGAUGGCAAUUGAAACUCAAACAACAAUAAAUACUAUGAUGGAAGUCGAACAACAAACUACUCCAUCACCAGUAGAGGAAAAAGUUAUUGUGCAUGAAACUUCUAUUCAAACGUUAUCUCCAGAAAUACCGGAGUUUUUGGAAAAGGAUAUGCAAACAAGUGCUCCGGCUAGUCCAGAACAACCAGACGUCUCACAUAUAGAUACUCAAACAAUCGCAACACCAGAAAUUCCUGCUACAACAACGGAGACACAAACGACACCUGAAGAAAGUUUACAAAAAAUGGAGUUGCGAGAAACGGAGAUGCAAACAAAAUCACCCGAACCAACCACAGAGACCAUGAUGCAAACGAGUCCAAUUACAAUUAGCCCAGAACCUAUGCAAGUGUGCGAAGAAUCUGCUCAAACUCAAAGUAUUGAAGAAGUGAAGGAGACUGCGGAGGAAGAAUCGCAGACAUUGCAGAUCAGUCCAAAGAAAAUUGAUACUUUUGACAGUUCGGUGCAAAUAAAGGCAAACGAAUUGAUACCACAAAUCGAAGAGAGUAUACAAAAUAUUCCUGAGGUAUGUGAGAUUAGCGCACAAACAUCACCGAAAGAAGAGAAACAACCAGUCGAAACGAUGUCGGUAUUUCAACAAACUACACAGAUUCCAACUCAUACUGUUGAGAUAUCUACGGAAGAUUUCAAGACGGAACCAAUUGAAAAAGAAGACUUGCACGAAGCGCCAGCGAAAGAAGUUGUGUUAGAAGAGAUAAAGGAGCAAGAGAAAAUAGAAUCUGUAGAUUUAGUAAAAACUCCAGCAGCACCUGAUGUACAAGUACCAGAAAUUAUAAAAUCCUUAGAGCAGGUAAAAGAAGAAGAAAUUAUGAAUGAACCAAUACAAGAGGUUCCUACAAUAAUUCCAGAAAAUGUCAAACAAACGAAAACAUCCAACAUUGAAAAAGAAACAAAAGAUCAAUUUCCAGAAAUAUCCAUGGCGGAAGAUCAUCCAAGACUGCCAGAAGCUACUGCAAAGACAAAAGAAUCUACGUCAUCUUCGAUGUCAGACAAAGAUACUACUUCCGAUACGUCAUUUGAGAUCCACGUUCACGCGAGCAUAGAAUUAUCUGCCAGUGACACGCUUGAUAGCGUUGCAUCUGAUAAUAAGGAAAUGACCGAUACUUCACAGGAUACCACGAUUACCGAAGAUCUCAAUAACGAUACGGUUAUUACAGAGCGUGAUAAUAAAACAACAAAACGACAGAAGAGAAAGAGAAAGCAUAAGACCAUGGAGAUUGUUUUACCGAGCAAGGAUAAACCAGAGCUUGAAUCAAUAUUUGGGCAACCUAUGGAGUCCCAAGAUAAUGUCUUGAAAUUAUCUUAUUCUGAUGUUGCCAAAAAACACGUCAGCAGGCAAAGAUCUCCGAUGAGAGAUGAUAACAUUUCGGAAGAAGCAUCUGAUUAUCCUCAGAUAUCUCAAAUCGAAAUAGAUGCGAAAUCGGAGGAUACCGUGUCAAGAACUGUGAUAGAAAAUCAAUACGAAGAGGGCAUUCGCAAAAUAUCUUUAGAUAUUCCAACUACCUCGGAAACAGUACCUAUAUCGACGAGUGAUCAAUUUACGAUCGACUCGGAUCGUAACAUUCCAGAAACAACAGUACCUGAAGCAGCAGUAGUGCAAAAGUCAUUUGUGUCUGGUAGACCGAUGAUAGAACCGUUGCUAAUGUCAUCAAAUCAGCAAAAGUCACCUGAAAUUGCAUCUAAGCAGUCAUCGCCCGAGCCAAUGGACACUACUGAAGAGCCAUUGACUCCCAUAGAAAUCGAGCAACCUAUUCUGACUAAAGAAACCAAACCAUUCCGGACAGAGAUCAAAACAUACGCUGAAGUAAUAUCCGAAGUGUCUGCAGCACCUAGCUUAUCCAGCACCGAGACGUAUGAGAAGAAAGAAGCUCAAUUGUGGAAAGAACCUGUUACCAAAGUAUCGUCUCCUCAGGUUUUGUCCGCGGCUUUCCUCGUACAAGAAUCUCUGGGAUACACCGCUAAAUCAGAGCAACAUCAGGGGACGCAAACGACGCAAGCUGCUAAAAUAAUAACUGAUCGAGUAAAAAAUUUACAAAAUACCAAUGACUCGAGUCAUCUAGGUAACAUCCUGCAUAUCGUACAUCUAAAGAAGUCACCACGGAUAGACUCGCGGAAGAACGUUCGGUCGGAUUGUUCGCAGAGAACUGGCACAAUUAAGAAUGCUGUUCAAGAGAACGAUGUAGUCGUCUUUGGAACUCUCGUUACUGUUGUCGAAACAAUUUCGACGUGGCUAGAGACCAUCGAAUACCGAAUCUUUCUAAAUAGAGAAUGUCCGACUGGACCUUCUCACGAAGAUGCGAAAACAUUUGUUGACUUGAAAGAUGAGGUGAAUCACGUGGAAGAAAGUAUUCGCGAGCUUGAUGACAUUUGGAAACAAUUAGAGCCAAGCUAUUCUAAAGAGGAACGGAAGAAACUACGAGAAUGUGUGGAUGCCCUCGAGCAUCAAGUAAAAAUUAUCGAGCAUGUCACUAGUGAUGGAGAGAGACAAACUAACAGACAACUCGCAAGAUGGGAUGAAUUUCUAAAUGGCAUUAAUAAUGUAUACAGAUUAAUCGAAGAGCAACGUAAACAGCUUGAUCUCAUAAUCGAAAGCGAGUAUUCUACACAAUGGAAGUUGCAGGAGCUCGAUAAACUGGAGAACACGAAUCGCUGUCAUAUGUGGAAAACAAAUAGGCUUCUCGAUGAUGCUCGCGAAUUAUUACGUGAACAUCCUGGCAAAAUUAUACCCGAAGAAAUCUACGCUGCGCACGAAAUGACAAAGAUCAUUGAACACGGCAUAUGCGUCGAACGAGAGCGUCUUCUCCAAUUACUCGCUUUAGCCGAAGAAUAUGAGCAAACGCUUCAAGAAUUUACGCAAAUUAUCGAAAUCGCCGAAAAUCUAUUGGACAGUCCGAUAUCUGCGAUGAGCCUGGAACAUCUUCAAGAGGAGAUGCAGAAGCACAGAAAAUUUUUCGUUAAUCUAAAUCACUGCCGAGCGAUUCUCGAAUCGCUGGAAGGCAAUCUAGAUCCCGAAACCAGAGCCAAACAUUCUGGUUUACACGAGGAACUUCAUAGUAAAGCGACGGCAUUGCUCGAUCAAGCAGCUUCAAGAGCGCAACAAAUGGCCUUGGCCGCAUCGCGAUGGACGCUACUGGAGCAGGGUGUUAAGGAGGAGAGAGGAUGGCUUCAAGUUGCUCAUCAACGAGUGCCCGAUCUUCAAACGGUGACUUCAAUCGAUUAUGAUCAAUACAUCUCCUUAUAUCAGUCACUAUCAUCGGACGUGGCGACCCAUCAUGCGCGAUUAAUUAAAUUACUCGACGUGGCACGCGGUCUACGUGAACUUAUCAACAUCGAAGAUCCCGAAGAUCGAUACGGCGAAGCUUUGGAUAUAAUCGUAAAACUGCAAGACAAUAUCGAGACUUCUUUGAGAAGAUUAUUAGCCUUUAGAGAAAGUUGGAAUAAUCAAGAGAUAUUGACGAAUCGUGUAGAACGUUGGAUGAUGAUGGCCGAGAAAGAACUUGUCACACUGCACGAUCCAUCUGGAAGUUCAAUGCGUCAAUUCUGGGAACUAAAGGCGCAGUAUGAAGUCCACAACAAUAUGCGUAAUGAAGCGGACAACUACUUUGAGCAGGCUCUACGAAUUAUACCUCUGUCAGACGAAAUGUUGCAGCGACAAUUUCAUUACGAGUUACAGGAUCGUUGGAAUGACGUUAGCGACAAGAUCAACGGGAUUCAAAAGGAUGUUACUCGCAGCAUUUCGUCGGAGGAAAUUUCAUCGAAUGAAAAAUUGAAGUUACUCGAGAGGGAACUAAACGAGUUACGAAUAACCAUUAACAGCUUCCACGGAGUACUGAAAACAGAAGAAGAACUCGAUUUGUACGUUGAGAGACUUACCAUAUUAUUCGAGAGGAUUUCUUUGAUUCAGGACGAAAUAGGUCGACUGGGUCUUCUACCAGCAGCGGAGAGCGAGAGAGUCGGAAUUUUAUUGUCAUCGGCGCGUUGCAUAGAAGGGCAGAUAAGUGAAGAGCUGGACUCGGCGCAAUUACUCAAAGAGAAGAUUCAGACUCUUCAACGUGGAUUGGGUCGCUUCAGGAAGGCCCACAAGAGAUUAUCAACGAUAUUGGAUCAAUGCGAGAGUAGCGAAAGACAAGAAAGCGAUCUGGUGGCCGCAGCCGUAGAUCGUUGUCGGUCGGUCGCAAACGAAUUGGCGGUUCUCUGGCAGGACCUAAUGGCAUUGCGACAGAUGCUACACAAUUUACCGACUGGUAUGAGAGUUACGGUGUCACCGGUGAGCAUAGAAAGAGACUUAUCCAGCAUACAGGACGUGCACACCGAGCUCGAAUCCAGAUGCGCGCACCUGCUCUCAUUGCUAACAAAUAGAUUGGAGUUGUGGCGACGAUUCGAGAAACAGCUGGAAAUGGUGCAGCAGUCUGUUCAAGAAGCGGAUUACAUGAUGGAAUUGUUAACCGUCCAAGGCUCCGUUGAUUACGACAGAUUGCUGAAGGCCACCGAACGCCUCGAGGGUCUGAACGGUGAUUUGGGCGCCCGAGAAGUUCUCAUUGGCGAAUUACGUGCCGCUGCCGAGCCUCUGCGGGAGAGCUGCGCCGCAGAGGUCUGCGAAAGGGUCGACGCCGCAGUAAAUGAGGCCGUACAGGCUUGGGAGGACACGAGGGCCGAAUUGGAUGCCCUUUGCACCCGAUAUCAACACGCGUGCAGGCUCUGGCAACAAUACAGAGAUUCUAGCGCCGCGGUGAAGGCCUGGGUAGACACCCAAAUGAACAGUGUGGUAAACUUGCCACCAGAGAAAGCAGUUAAGCAGGUCAAGGUUUGCGAGGAGACACUGGCGGAACACAAAGAGAGACUGGCGGAACUACGCGGUCUGGUAGCACAGAUUGCAUCAGACGUGGGUUUGGAUGCCGGUGGACCGCUGCACUGCGAAGUCGAAGCGCUCGGUCAACGACUCGAAGAUGUUCGAGAAACCUUGUCAACCCUUGCGGACACGGUGGAUGCUCGUGUCCUCAACCAGGAACUCGCCCGCGGUGAUCUAUGCCAGACGAAAAAUUUCCUGGAUUCGGUCCAACAGAGUUUGACAGCGGUGGGUCAAGGCGAGUCUAACGAACAGUUGACGGUGCUGCGAAACCACCUACUCGCAUUAACUCGAACCGAGCCGCAGCUUCAAUCCAUCAAGGACCGCGCGUUGGACGGUUCCGUGCAAGAGCCCUCGGUGGUCGAAGUGGUCCAACUAUGGCAGCGCGUCUUUCAGGAGACCUUCCAGCAGUAUCAUCGAUUAUCGAAGCGAUUGGUUCGCUCGCAGGAUGUAACCGCCGUGCUAAAGCUGUGGGAGGAAUAUCUGACACACGUGCAAGAUUUCUUAUCGAGCGGUAUGCCAGGCGAUUACAAUGGUUUGUCGGAGCAUCGAAAUCUUUGCGAGGUUCAUCGAGAACUUCUGCCGAAGCAGCAGAAUCUCAUAUUGCCGGUGCGACAGGAGGAGGAUCGUGAUCGAUCGGUCGCCGAGCAGUUCAACGCCUUGACGAAUCUCCACAAUGAGACGUUGGCGAAAAUAUUGGAGCGGCAUGAGGCAGUACGCGAGAGAAUAUCAGCCUGGGACAGGUAUAGACUGGAUCAAGGGAAGUUGUUGACGUGGUUGAAGGAGGUCGAACGAGAACGAGAGCGCAUGCACCUGCAGUUCAUUCACCUGAGGUGGCUUGAUAAGAUUCUACAGAGGAUUCAAGCGUUGUUAGAUAAGAUGCCAAUCGGCGAGGCUCAAAUAGAAUCCCUUCAAGAGCAGCAAGAAUAUCUCUUAGCUAAUUGCGACGAGGCACUGGCUGUCUCGAUACGCAUGGAACAUGCCGCGAACGUACAUCGGAUUGCCAAUCUACACGCUGGCUUGAAAACUUGGAGGGAUUUUGUUCAGCGAGUGCAAAAACUGCACGAAGAGCACGUCAAACAAUCGGAAGUAAUCACCACGGCCUUCCAGGAAGUUAGUCAAACGAUAAGCGCUGCCUUCCACGCGGGACCAAUGAGUCUGUCCAGAACAAAAGAGCAACUGGACUCGCUCCAGCAUCUAAAAACUCGUCUGGCUGACGCACAGCAUAACAUGGAGUCUCUCAGCGUCAUUACGGAACAACUGAGGGAAUGUCUAAGCCCGAGUGACAUGAAGACGUUAAAUCAACACGAUGCACUUCUGUCGCAGCAACACGGCGAUCUUGAAUACCAAUUGGCUUUAUUAGCGUAUAAACUCGGAGAACGUUGCGGUCUUCAUGGUCGAUGGGAGAAGAGGUUAAAUAAAUUAUUGUCGUGGAUAGAUGAAGCGGCGAUCAAAACGCAAGAUUACGACACAAUGGCAUUAGACGAACCUGAAGAGGCAGUAAAACGGCUCGAAUGCGAGCUGCAGACGGAAAUGAAUCUAAAACAGCGUGAACUUGAAUGGUUACAAAACACCGGACGGGAGCUGAUAGAAGCCGCCGAAGAAACGGAGAAAACGAAGCUACAGCAAUCCUUGGACGAAGUUAAUGAGAAGUGGAAUCGUUUGAUGACCGGUAGCAAAGCGAGAACUAAUAAGCUUGUCGAUCUAAUUCAAACUAUGAACUCUUUGCUAAAGAAAAUAGCCGAUUUACGAACUUGGUUAACCGGUAUCGAAAGUCAGUUAUCGGAGACUCUUAUUAUCGAAAAACCUACGCAGAAGAGUAUCGAUAAGAAGCUCGAAGAUCACGAUCAUCUCAAAGCCACCAUUGAGGCAGAGAGUGGUAAUAUCGGUGAGGUGUUGAAUUUGGGUGAGAUCCUGCUAAACGAUUGCGAUACGUGGAAAGCCUCCUUUAACACGGACGCGUUAAAGAACGGUAUAGAAGGUCUGGAGAAACGAUGGAAAGCCAUAUGCAUCAAAUCUACCGAACGCAAACGAAAAAUCAUGACAAUUUGGAAGCUGCUGCAGGAAAUGGAAAAGAUCAGAUGCGAGCACGAACCGUGGCUAAUCAGGACGGAGAAAUCUCUGUCAGAGUUGGAAAAUGAUCUUACGGAAAUCUCGAAGGAGGAGUCGGAGAAGGUAACCGAGAAGACUAAAUCGAUCGCCAAGGAUAUCGAGGCGCGUCAGAAAGCCUUGAAGAUCCUCGAACAGAUAUUUGGGCGCUUAGCCAAGUACGGGCUGGAUCCCGACAAUUUUAGGUCGCUCACAGGCGAGACGCGAAAGAUCAUCGACAGGUGGUUGGCCCUCGAGACAAGAAUCAACGCCAUUAUCUCAAGCAUCCAGCGGGAACAAAAGACUUAUCGCGAGUUUGUGUCUACGCAUGGUGCCGCGGUGGUGGGCCUGACGCAAGUGGACGUCCGCCUAACGCAGAUGCAGCAUCUCGCCACGCCGGAGCAGAGAUCGUCCUCGCGACGGAGGCGUCAACAGUUGUGCGAAGUUGAAGAGGAACUCGAUACUCAAAACGUCAUACUGCGCAAAGCAGACGAGCUGGCAUUGCGAGUCAUGCAGGAGAGCAAUCCUGACGACGUGGCCGCCAUUCAGGAACUGGUGGACGAAUAUCAGCUCCUAUGGCGGGACAUCAAGGCGCGAGUGGCUGCGAUGAAAGCAGAGCUAGAAACGCAGGAGAGAUCGGAGGUAGACGAGGCGGUUCAGGUGGAAACUUUAAAAUUCGAGCAAGACACGGCGGUCCAAGUGGACACCCUACCGAGACUUGUCAGGAUGACUUCGUGUGACGCAUAUUUAAUAGAAUUGGAGGCUGCCCUGAACGAAUGCAACAAUGCCCUGAACGCUCUGGAGGCAGCGGUAACGCCCGAUCCUGUUUCCGGCCCAGGACUCAACGCGGUUGCUAAGACUAUUGCUAAACUAAUUGGAAGUUGCCAGUCUUCGAUAGAACUGGUACGUCACCUUCACAAUCUGCUCAUGGAAGACGACAAAUCGAGUUUAGGAGCUGCUAAAAGUAGCGAGGUAACAACACUAAUAGCUCGAUACGACACACUCAUUGCACUAGCAAGAGCACGUGAACAGCAAAUCAGAGAGCUCAGAUCGCCUGUCACCGAUGCUUACGCUUUUCCAUGUGAUCACGAUAGUGGCAGAUUGACCUGUCCAUUAUGUUCUCGCCGCAAUUGGGCUCAACUCGACAAUGAUCUCUGGCGUUUGGAUAAAUGGCUAGAGUACGCCGAAGGUAUACAGAGUGAACAACAUUCACCGCCUAGUGAUAUAGAACAAUUGGAAGACGUGAUUCAGGAUCAUCGCGAGUUUUUAUUAGAUCUCGACAGUCACAGAAGUAUUGUGACAAGUUUGAACAUAGUCGGUGCUCAUCUAGCCGAUCACACAGAGGAUACGGAACGUGCGAAGGAGCUUCGCGAUCGAUUGGCCGUGGCAAAUGGCAGAUGGGAGAAAAUCUGUACAGCUGCUGUGGAAUGGCAGGAACAGCUGCAGCACGCCCUUAUGACAAAUCAUCAGUUUUACCGUAUUAUAGAGGAAUUAUUAAGUUGGCUCGAACGUACCGAAAUCAGCAUUCGAGCAAGUGAACCAAUUGAUUUAACCGAAUCCACCAAUAUUAUAGAAGCAAAAUAUAAUAAAUUUAGGGAGCUGCGAAGCGAUCUGGAGCGCUGCGAGCCAAGAGUAAUAUCGUUACAGGAAGCGACUAACCAUCUUUUGAACGAACAGACGGAAACCAGAACGCGUUUGCAAGAAUUGCGAUUAAGAUUGCAAUCGUUAAGAAGACUCACAGGAAUUUACGCCCUUAAGUUAGGAGCUGCCCUCGGGCUCGAUCCGCGGGAUGUCGGUCUUGCUGCUACUUCUACAUCUCUCGCAUCUCUCUCACACGACCUACUCGACGAAGCUGCCUCUGGGACUGCUCAGCCUCACGCCACCGGCACAGAUGGUGACGAAAGGGAACGAACGGUAUUGGCGCGCGGUUACCGCUUCUUGGGACGAGUCCUACGAGUUUCUCUCCCAAUCCAAGCGCUAAUGCUGUUACUGCUUGGAGUUGCAUCGCUGGUCCCGUCUGCAGAAGAAGACUACAGUUGUAUGCUCUCUAAUAAUCUCGCAAAGAGCUUCACGCCGAUAGCCUUCUAUCCAAAUGGACCGCCACCGGUAUAAUACAAAUGAUAAUGUCCUUGUUCAGCCGUGUGUUACUCUGCCAAUACAAAAUUGAUACUCCACAUGAGACGUUGGCGAAGCAAGCCGAUACAAAGUAAAACGAUCAAAUCACUUUACUUUCACCCUGCGAAAUUAGAAAUUAAAAGAUGAAAAUAAAAUUCGAACUGCCCUGGGUUUGCUCGUCAACGUUUCCAUCGACUGUAACCACAGUGCGCAGGAAUCUUUAUAUAUUAUAAUGUAUUGUAAUUUUACAUACGACGAAUUUGUACGUAAAUAAUGUAACGGACCAAGCGACUGAGAAUUAUGUAGCCGACGAGAACGCAUUCUUUAAUUUAUUGUAUACAUACAAUUGUAUAUUUUAUUGUUCAGCGCGUGCAAUAUCGACUGACUCGUGACUGUCGUUUCGCACAGUAGACGGUUUUCGUUUGAAGCACAACUAAAGGAUUAUAUUAAAUGAUGUAAAUUGCGAUUAGGAGAUGCGACUCCGCCUAACAUCACGCUUCGCGUUCAUUGUUUCCUGUUGUAUAAAAAAUUUAUUUUCGUUUUCGAGCGCGAAAUCUGAUGUCGCGCGGGGUAUACAACGAAAUGAGACAAGAACAAUCUCUGAUGAUAAAUCUUCAAUAUAUAUACAUAUAUAGUAAAACACGCAUAUGCGAUAAAUCUCGUAUUACCGCGUUCCUAUCGUAUGCAACAUUCGUAAUAGAGAAUUGACGUAAGAGAUAACUUGCCUAACUUUAUUUUUUAUACGUUACGUUUAUAUCGAAACGUCGCGUUCAAUCAGUUUUUGAGAAAGAGAGUUGUCUCAGCUCUUUUUCCCAUAUUCUCUAGAAUUAAUCUAAUAAUAUGAUAGUUAAUGGUGCUAAUUCAGGACGUAACGUCUUCUAUAGGAGAAAACAACCUUAAAAAGAACAUCAAUCUAUCGCAAUCAUUUUGCUGUUGCAUUAAUAUUCCAUGAAUAAAGUUAAGAGAGAAGUUACG